UUUCCUGAAAGGACUUGAGCUUCCUCUGUGUUGAUAUUUGUGUCAUCUUAUUAUAAGACGAGCUAACAUCUAUUAUUAAUUGAUGCACUAAUUAAAGCCAUACUUGCAGUUUCCAUUAGCUUAUUCCCUAAAUUCUCCAGAGUUGGCUGUCUGGUUUUAAUCAAAACCAAAUGGUAGUCCAAGUUCCCAGCCUGGAGCAGCUAGGAGGAAGUCAUUCAGUGGAGGCACAAGAAAGCAGAAAAGAUAAACAGAUGAUAGUUCACAAAAUUUGUGUCGGACAAAGGAGGCAGAUACCGUGAGCUGCUUUGGAGAUGUGAUUCAGGGACUCUGUCAUGCUGGAUGGAAGACGUUGCAAGUGGUUAAUGUCAGCAAGACUGUAAUAGGAUCAAGAUGGAGUCUGUCUUCAGCUUUCCCCGCACUGCAUUUGUGUGCCUGGAGGAUUCUGACUGGAGGUAACGCUGCAAGUGCCAUGACAGGAACUGCUUUCAUUCCCUGAAGGAGUCCUGGGAUGGGAGAGAUUGGAAGACCAUGUUCUAUUUACUGGCUUCUUGGGAUUUUACUCACAGAUCCUCUCAGGUACAGGAUGUAGGGGGGCAGCAUUUUAAAUUGUAAGUAGUGUAAAAACAACAACAACAAAAAAAGUUUUCCUAUUUAGGGGAUGACAGUUUUAAAACUCUGAAUCGAUCCUGCUCUCACGAGAGAUCUUUUGCAAGGAGAACGGCAAAGGUAUUUUGAAGAAGUUGUGCAUAUACAUUUAAUAUAGUGGGAAAGCUGUAGAGGAGAGAGAAAACUGUUUUCCUUCCUUGCUUUUCUUUUCUUUUCUUUUUUAAUUCACCAGCAGUGUGGGAUAGAGAAAGCUCUACGAUUUUAUGACUCUCCAGCUAAUCACCUCAAGAGCUUUGACAAACUCACUUCAGUUCUGUGUAAAAUCAGAACUCCUACAUCGCCCAGGCGGGCUCUGCUCUGCCCCCCUCCCUCUGCUUCGUGCACUCUUUCUCACAUGCACUCCUCAGAGGCAGGAAAUGCUUCCCAGGCAAUCUGGGCCUGCUUGUGGAGGCCCCUUUCGCAAGACAUCAGUCUGAAUUGAGUGGACAGAAGUCACUAGGAACGCCUCGACAGACUCCUGCUUUAGCCAAGGCUCCCUCCAGCUGCAGAGGGUGUUUUUGUGAGAAUCACACUCUGCGUGAAACUGCUUAGAAUAGAGCCAUGAUCUCAACCACGAAAUGUGAACUUAUAUUUUGGAGGAACUCACGGGGACGGACUUCUUUCCUAGCCUGAGUGUUGAACAAUGUCAUGCCUGGGCGUUUCAGCUGCUCGUUGUCUAGGUGAUGAAAUGACAAAACUCACUCUCUUCUUCAGUCAGUGCGUAUGAAGUCAUCUUUCAUCAAGUUCCAUCUCCUCUAGUCUCAUAUGGAACGUAUCUCUCUAACUGUUGUUAAACUACGAUGACAUGUCUGUAGCUAUCAGAAAGAGAAGCUGGGAAGAACAUGUGACCCAAUGGAUGGGACAGCCUUUUAAUUCUGAUGAUUAUAACCCAGCAUGUCAUCAUGGACUAGUAGCUGACAGCUUGCAGGCAAGUAUGGAAAAAGAUGCAUCUUUAAAUGUGGAUCGUAAAGAGAGGUGUGUUUCACUACCGGACUGCUGCCAUGGUUCAGAGCUGAGAGACUUUCCUGGGAGGCCCAUGGGUCACAUUUCAAAAGAGGUGGAUGAAAAUGACAGCCACGAAGGUGAAGAUCAGUUUCUUUCUCUGGAGGCCAGCACAGAAACACUAGUGCAUGUUUCUGAUGAGGAUACCGAUUCCGAUCCAUAUAUUACAGAUGAUAAACAGAUGUUAACUGCCCAAGGACAAAAAAUAUCAGACAAACAGAGCAACAGAGGAGCAGGCUCCUCAGUAAAGAUGCUGCCCAUCAUGGAAGGUCACCCAAGUAAUUCCUGGAGAAUGGCUGCUGGAUCUGACUCAGCACUGGUAGAAGAAAGGGAGGAGAAAAAAGUUGUUGACAUUGUAAGUGAAAGCCUGGAGUUUUGUAAUGAUAUAAGCUUAAGUGAAAGAAAAGAUGCAUCUAAUAAGAUAAAUGCAUGUGACUCUUCGAAUGUGAAAGAUAUUGUGCCUGAGAAGCAAUUGUUUAAUUCUGCUGUAAUUGCUCAGCAACGAAGGAAACUUGACUUCCCUAAAGAUGAACAUGGAAGAAACACCUGCAAUGUAGUACAGGGUGAGUUCUCGGCUCUUCCUUGCAUGGACAGAGGACUGCCGUUAUUAAAAGCAGAUUCUGGAAGCUGCCUCCUGCAACCUCCUUCCUGCCCUAGUGGAAUGUCAGCUGAAAAUGGCAUCAAGAAGAGUGGUUUCUCAGAACAUCAAAACAAAAGUCUCCCACAGGUCAGCUCAGGAGAUGGCAUGCAGUGUUUACACUUAAAGGAAACUCUGGCCACCCAGGAGCCCACAGACAACCCCGUCAGGCUUCGCAAAAGAAAGGAAAUAAGAGAAGAUCGAGAUAGGGCGCGGCUGGACUCCAUGGUGCUGCUAAUUAUGAAACUGGACCAACUUGAUCAGGACAUUGAGAAUGCCCUCAGCACCAGCUCCUCUCCGUCCAGCACACCAACGAACCUGCGGCGGCACAUUCCUGAUCUGGAGUCAGGAUCUGAGAGUGGAGCAGAUACCAUUUCAGUAAAUCAGACACAAAUAAAUUUGUCUUCCAACUCUGAAUCUACCGACCUACCAUCUUCCAGCCCAGUGGCCAGUUCUGGAACCAAACCCAAGUCUACGGCACUUCCAGGUAUUUCAGACAAGGAAACGGCUGGUUUGAAGUGAUACCAUACUGCAGAUAUCCUUCGGCAAUUCAUUUUGCUCAGAAUUAUAUUUUUGAGAUUUGUUCAUGUUGAAGCAUAAAGAUCAUUUAUUCUUACUGCUGUUAUGUAACUAUGCCAUAAUUUACUUAAUCAUUCUACUGUUGAGAGGUAUUUAGGUUGUUUCCAAUUAUGUGCUAUUACAAUUACCUGCUAUUAGUAGUACAAUCGUUCAUACCUCCAUGGAUUUAUGUGUAGAAGUUUCUCUAUGGAAGAGUAUUCAUCGAAGGAGAAAACUUCAUAGUCUAAGAUACGCACAUCUUAAAUGGCAAAAUUGUUCAACAUGUAUUACACACCCACCAAUGAUAUAUAAUACCCAAUAUAGCAGAGAAGUUUUCAAAUGUUAUAAAAAUCAUAGAAUAUUUACUUUGAAAAACAUGGAAAUAUAAAUGGUAUACGUAGGAUAGUAAGUCAGUUUUAUAUAUAUGUGUGUGUAGAUACAUAUAUAUGUGCAUAUAUACAUAUAUAUUUGCAUACAUAUAUAAAUGUAUAUGUUUAUAUCAUAUAUAUAACUAUCAUGGAAAGUUUUUAAAUUUUAAUAGAAUUAAGCAAAGACUAGAUGAGUAAAUUUGGAAUGAAGAUUGUAAAUAAUAAUGUUUCAUUUUAGUGUGGUUUUUUAAUAUAGGUCAAGCAAAAAUGUAAUUAAGUAUCUGUUUAAAGGUGAUAAUAAAGAAGAUAUGGGGGAUGCGUGGGUGGUUCAGUUGGUUGGGUGUCUGCCUUUGGCUCGGGUCAUGGUCCCAGGGGCCUGGAACCGAGUCCUGUGUCGGGUUCCUGGCUUGGCGGGGAGCCUGCUUCUCCCUUUGCCUGCCGCUCCCCCUGCUUGUGUUCUCUUUCUCUCUCUCUCUCUCUCUCUCUGACAAAUAAAUAAAUAAAAUCUUUAAAUAAAAAUAAAGAAGAUAUGGUGUAUAUGUAUACAAUGGAUAUUAUUCAGCCAUAAAAAUGAAUGAAAUCUUGCCAUUUACAACAACAUGGAUGGAGCUAGUGAGUAUAAUGCUAAGUGAAAUAAGUCAGUCAGAGAGAAAAGACAAAUACCCUAUGAUUUCACUCAUCAGUGGAAUUUAAGAAACAAACAAGCAAAGGGGGGGAAAAAAAGAGACACACACAAACCAAGAAACAGACUCUUAACUAUAGAGAAGCUAUAGAGAAACAUGGUUACCAGAGGGGAGGUAAGGUGGGGGGAUGGGUGAAAUAGGUGGUAGGGAUUAAAGAGUGCACUUGUCAUGAUGAACACUGGGUGUCCUAUGGAACUGUUGAAUCACUAAACUACACCUGAAACUAAUAUAACAUUGUAUGUUAACUACAUAAACUGGAAUUUAAAAAUUUUUUAAAGGUGAUAAUAAACAUUAAGUUCAUUUGUGCCAUUCUGAGCCUGUAUUUGGGUACAAAUGCAGCUGAGGUAGGUGAUGAGAAUAGAGAAUAAAAGGAAAGUCUAAGAAUGAGAGGAAGUGAAAAUAAUGUGGUUCACAGAGAACAUCGUCCCAAUAACUUAUAUUAAGAAAUGCUUACAAGAAUACCUAACAGAAUACCUCCCUCCACCAUCCUGGAUACAAAUCUCUUGGAGGCUUCGUGAAGACCAAGGGUUCCCUGGAACCAAGUAUGAAAACCUGACAGAGAGGACCAACUAUUUGAAUGCCAUUGAAAAGCAACCCUGUCCUCAAACAGUAGAUAAUUAUCUUUAAGUGGAGGAAGCAUUAAUUUGCAAAAAUAAGCAUAGAAUUUUUUAAAUUUUACCCUAUCAGGGGAGUAAAUAGUAAUAAUUUAUUUUUUUAAAUGUCUUUUGUAAGGAAAGCAUCAUGUUUUAACAUGAUGUGCAUGGUAAAAACCUGUGUCUCUACCUUAACAUUUAACCAGAGAGAUACUUCACUCAUGAUGGUUCUUCAGUUUUGAAGUUUAAGCUACUGAACAUGGACAUGGAGAAUUCUGCACUGGUAUUCAUCCAUCCACCUAGCAGUCUUUCCUCUCAUCACAUGGAUAAAUUGGGAGCAACAUACUAGAUUGUGUUGGGAAAAUAUCAGAUAUCUUUAAAAUGGGGAUACAAUCAGCCCCUCCUAGUUGCCUGGCCAUAUUGUCUUAAAUAAUCUCUUUUCAUUUUAUUAAGGUGACCACAAGUCAUCUCUUUACAAUGUAAGGUCCAAAAGGAGAUAAGUCAUACUUUGUAGAACAUGUGUUGAUUUUCUUCAUCAUCACAUCAUUAUCCCUUUUCCUCCUAAUUUUAAUGCCUUUUAUCAUUUCUCAUGGAAUAUAUUCCCCUCAAGAAAUUCUUUAAAUUCUUUUCUUCAGAAUAUAAACGACUUUCUCUUCUUUAUAGUCUCCUGAUUUCAGUUUGAACUGCUCUCUAAUGACCAUGAUUUCUAUACCUCAUUUACUUAUUCUGUCACAAUCACCAUCAGCAUUAUUAUUAUUUUUAGCACACAUGACAUGAUUGACAUUUAGAAUGUACACUCUCUCCCAUAGCAGUAGCACCCAUAUCCCAAAAGGGGGGAUGGGGAAGAAAUUGUAGGAAGGGUUUUUAAGACCCCUUUUUUUUAAGAUUCAGAAACAAUAUGAGAUUGAAGGGGUUUUUAAGUUAAUUAAUUCCAGUAUAAUUAACAUACAGUGUUAUAUUAGUUUCAGGUUUACAAUAUAGUGACUCAGCAAUUCUAUACAUUACUCGGUGCUCAUCAUGAUAAGUAUACUCUUUUUUUUAAAAUAAAGAUUUUAUUUAUUUAGCUGAGAGAGGGAGUGACCGAGGGGGGCGGAGAGAGAGAGAGAGCACAAGCUGGGGGAGAGACAGGAGAGAGAGAAGUGGGUUCCCUGCUCAGCCCCAAUGUGGGGCUCAAUCCCAGGACACUGAGCUCAUGACCUGAGCCAAAGGCAGAAGCUUAACCGACUGAGCCACCCGGAUGCCCCAUGAUAAAUGUACUCUUAAUCCCUUUCACCUAUUUCACCCAUCCUUCCACCUGCUUCCUUCUGGUAACCACCAGUUUGUUCUCUAUAGUUAAGAGUCUGUUUUUUGGUUUGCCCCUUUUUUCUUUGUUCAUUUGUUUUGUUCUUAAAUUCCACAUAUGAGUGAAAUCAUAUGAUAUUUGCCUUAUUUGACUUAUUUUAUUUAGCAUUAUACCUUCUAGAUCCAUCCAUGUUGUUGCAAAUAGCAAGAUUUCAUUUUUUAUGGCUGAAUAAUAUUCCAUGGUGUGUGUGUGUGUCCCACUUCUUUAUCCAUGCAUCUAUGGAUAGAUAUUUAGGUUGCUUCCAUAUUUUGGCUAUUGUAAAUAAUGCUGCAGUAAACAUAGGAGUGUAUAUGUCUUUUCAAAUUAGUGUUUUCAUAUUCUUUGUGUGGCAUUUCUGGAUCAUAUGAUAAUUCUAUUUUUAUCUUUUUGAGGAAACUUCAUACCAUUUUCCACAGUGGUUGCAUCAGUUUGUAUUCUCAGGAACAGUGCAUGAGGGUUCCUUUCUCCACAUCUUCCCCACCACUUGUUAUUUCUUGUGUUUUUUACGUCAGCUAUUCUGACAAGUGUGGGAUGGUAUCUCCUUGUGGUUUUAAUUUGCAUUUUCCUGAUGAUGAGUGAUGUUGAGCAUCUUUUCAUGUAUCUGUUGGCCAUCUGCAUGGCUUCUUUGGAGAAAUGUCUGUUUAUAUCUUCUGCCUGUUUUAUUUAUUUAUUUAUUUAUUUUAUGCAUGAGAGAGAGAGAGGCAAAGGGAGAAGCAGGCUCCCAAGGAGCAGGGAGCCCGAUGCGGGACUCAAUCCCAGGACCCUGGGAUCACGACCUGAGCCAAAGGCAGACGCUUAACCAUCUGAGCCACCCAAGCGCCCAUCUUCUGCCUGUUUUUUAACUGGAUUUUUUUUGGUGUUGGGUUGUACAUAUAUUUUAUAUAUUUUGGGUAUUAACCCCUUAUCAAAUACAUCAUUUGCAAAUAUCCUUUCCCAUUCAGUAGGUUGUCUUGUCCUUUUGUUUUGUGGAUUAUUUUCUUUGCUGUGCAGAAGAUUUUUAUUUUGAUAAAGUCCCAAUAGUUUAUCUUUGCUUUUAUUUUCCUUGCUUCAGGAGACGUAUCUAAAAAAAUGUUGCUAUAGCCAAUGUCAGAGAAAUUACUGUGUGUUCUUUCUUCUAGGAUUUUUAUGGUCUCAGGUCUCACAUUUAGGUCUUUAAUCCAUUUUGAGUUUAUUUUUGUGUAUGGUAUAAGAAAGUGGUCCAGUUUCCUUCUUUUGCAUGUAGCUGUCCCAUUUUCCCAGCACAAUUUGUUGAAGAGACUGUGUUUUUUCCAUGGGAUAGUCUUGCCUCUUUUGUCAUAGAUUAAAAGAUUGAAGUUUUUCUUCAACUUCUUGAUAUCUAAUUUUAGCUGGACACCUAACAUGCAGUGCUAGCCUCUGGUCAGUUUUCCUUGCAUUGUUAUUUAAUGCUUGUGUAACCCUAUGAAGUAGAUUCUGUUAUGAACCUUGUUUUACAAAUGAGGAAACAUGUCCAGGGAUGUUAUGUAUCUUGCCAGAAAUCACUUGAUAUGUCCAAAAUUGAGCUUCUUCACUUUCUUGUAAAACUCAUCUUUUUCACCUCCAUUCAUGGCAGGACUCCUCUCUUCUUUCAGACCGUACAUUCCUUCCAUCAGCCAAUCACAUCAGCUCUACCUGCAAAAUGCGUGGAGAAUCCAACCACUUGUUACCACCCUCACUGCUACCACCCUAGGCCAAGCCACCCAUCACCUCGAACCUGUAUCCUUAACUGCCUCUUAACUGCCUCCCUACUUUCACCCUUGCCCCCUCCUAUAAUUUAUUUCAAAUGUGGCAACCAGAGUGACAUUUUUAGACAUAAAUCAUGUCCUGUCACUCCUCACCUGAAAACCCUCCAAUAUCUGUCCCUCACAUUUAGAAUAAAAUCCCUUCUAUGGUCAAGAAGUCCUUACCUGACCCGGGCCUGCCUACCCCUCCUACUUUGCCUUCUUAUAUUCUUUCCCCGGCUUACUCCAUUCUACGUACUUUGGCCUCUUUGCUGUUCCUUGGUAAUUGCUGUUCCCCCAUCCUGAAACACCCUUUCCUCAGAUAGUCACAAGGCUUUCUCCCUCACUCCAUGCAAGUCUUCAUAAAAUGUUUCCUCUACUGAAAGGCCCUUCUGGGUCCCUCUAAUAAAAUGACAUUGCCCUAUCAACCAAUUGUAAUCCAUUUAUCCCAGCAUGUUGUAUAUGCUUGCUUAUGGUCUCUUUCUCUGUCUAGAAUCUAAGCUUCUCUUUGAGGCCAGGAACUCAGUAUUGUACACCUAGGUCUUCCUAGUGCUUCAAACAGUGCCUGACGCACAAACGUUUGUAGAAUGAUUUAAUCCAUAGACAAUUGUAUAAACCCAAAUGAACACACACAUACUGCCAAUGCAGAAAUGCGUAAGUGAAUAUUAUAUAUUAAAAGACAAGUGCAUUUUGUGUAGGACCACAUCGAAGGAAAAAUAGAUACCAGGGAGUAGAUGCAACAUGUGUACCUCACAUUGUUUCUAAAUCAAUCAAAACACUCAGAAGCUGUUCAAGUCAGCAACCCCUCCCUUGUAAUCACAUAUAUUGCUUUUUCAUAAAUUAUUUCCAGAUCGUAUUCUUGUUUCAAUGUUGAUCACUCCUAAAGUUCAAAUAAUAUGAGAGUUACACUUGUAUUCAUCUAUUAUCAGUCUCCUUUCUCUCUCUCUCUCUCAUCUCUCUCUCUCUCUCUCUGUCCCCCUGCCUACCUAUCCAUCUGUCUCUCUUAAUCUGACCUAUCCAUACCUUUACACUCUGACCCCUUAUCUUUAACUAUCUACUGGACAUGACCAGUAAAUGUUGGAGGUCUUGCAACAUCAGAUUCAAACCAGUUCCAAGGUUAACCCCAUUCUCUGUUGCUCAGAGUCUGUUCCUCUUCUACGGGCUGCCUUACUUCACUUUCAUCCCUUACAUUAAGUCAGUCACCAGAUCCCAUCCCUUCUACGUUCUGUGUCCCUCUGUAUCUGCCCCUUCCUUUCUCAUCCCAUAUGUACCGCCAUGGCACCAACCGCCUUUAACCCCACCUACACAGAGUCAACGUCUUCCAAGCUUCUGCCUGUGACUCCAGCAUCAUGUAGGCCACCUCCAUCUUCAUCCUGUCACUGUUUUUGCUCAAAAACCUUCAAUGGCAUGCAAUUCCAGGCACAUAAAACCAAAACGCCUCUACCUGCUGGUGACGAUGCUCUGUUAUCUGGCUGUGCUUUCUUACAUCGUACUUGUCGCCUUACAGUUCCACCAAAGCACUGUGUUCCUUUCUCUAUCAUUUGCUCCUGUUCGCCAACAAAUGUAACAUGAUCCCCUUAACCCAAAUCUGCACUUCUCAAUUCUCUUGUCUUUAUAAUGUUUACAACAGUGUCAGCCUUUACUGAUGUCCUUUUCAUCUGAAAUCUUGUAGUGCUUACCGAUUUUUAAAAGGUUCGUAAUUAAUUUUAUGCUUCUUUUUAUUUAUUUCAUCUUGUUGCUAUAUCAUGUGUUAGUCCUCUCCACCCAACUAGAUAGGAAUCUACUUGAACAGAAAAAAACCAUCUCAUGUACUUUAUAUAGUGCUGGAAUGCACCCGCAUAGCAUACCAGUCCUUUUUUUUCAGGCAGCAUACACACACACACCAGUUCAAGUAAGUCAACACUCUCAUUGCUUACUCAGAGAAAACAAGUUUACAUGCCAUUUCAAGUAGGACAGGUGGGAAAGAAACGAGGACAAUGUGAUGGUUUGGAGAAGUUAUGAGAUUUAAGACUGAAGUAUCUAUAUAAUAAUCAUAGUAAUAAUAAUAGCAACAACAACAACAAAGCACUGAUUCCCCACACCCCAUAGUCAGAGGCAGAUUUAUAAUGAAGCUGAUGUAAUGUCAGGAUCCCUCACUUGCCCACUUCCCUAUAAGGUCCUAAGGGAACCCUAGCACUGUGUUCACAUGUUUUUGUAAAACUUAUAAAAGUAAGAUAGUCUAAGUGCACUCAAUUCAGGUCAUCAUGGAUUGUCGGUAGGCAUUCGGCAUUCAUAAUUUCUCAUGUUGGAUGGUAUUGUUUCUAAAUCAAUCAAAACACUCAGAAGCUGUUCAAGUCAGCAACCCCUCCCUUGUAAUCACAUAUAUUGCUUUUUCUAAAAAGCAAUGAGAGGUGCAAGAGCAAUGUGAGGUGGCCAAGGCCUUUUGUAUCCAUAAUUUUUGAUGCCAAGCACCACUGGAGUGACUGAACGAGUGUUUUUUAAUUAUGAUUUUUAUGCUUUUUAUUGUCUCAUUAUUUCCUUAGUCACAAAAUGAAAUUGGGUGUUCUAAGGCUAGCUCUAGACUGUUUCCUGCCCAUAUGAGAAAUGACAGAACCCUGGACAAACAGGAAAUUAAGUGUCAGAAGAGAUAGAAAUGAAUUUUCAUUGAGGACCUACUAUAUUCCAACAGUGUACAUAAGUCAUUGAUCUCUUUGAGUGCUGUAAUAACUAUUUAAGGCAGAUAAUCAUUUUCUCCAUUGACAAGUGAGAAAACCCAAGCUGAAAAUGUUAAGUAACUUAUUGCAAGUCACAUAACUAGAAAGAGUUUGAAUUUGGAGGUGAGUUCAAUUCUGAAUCCAAAGCCCAUGAUGUUCCUAAACAUUACAGACUGAAGCAAAAAUCAGGAAGUAGAUGUUACAAAUAAAUUGCGGCAUAUACGGAUAACCAUUUUAAGAAACUAGCAAAAAUUUAAAUACCCUCCUAUCUACAUAUUUUCCCAUAGUAUAUUUAUGUAAACAAAAUGUAAAAAUGUUAUUUCUUUUCUGUACUACUCUGUAGUCUCUUGACCUGUUACUUCAAGAGAUUCAGAGUAAAGUUGCAGUUUCCUUUGUGAAGUCAAGAAUUUAUAAUUUGUCAGUCCCUAAAGAAAAAUGUGAAGGAGGGGGAGUCGAAAGAUCUGAAGAGUUUGGAGUGUGACGCCUGGGCUAUUUAUCUUCAGGUGCUGGAAUGUUGUGUUUCUGUCACCCUUGCUCUUGUGAUUUGCUGCGUGAUUCCAUUUGAGAUAGUAGCCACUCGAAAGCAGUAUGAGUGAAUUUGAACUUGUUGUGUUUAAGUAAUUACUUAAUUUUGGCUUCUUGCCAUUUAACAGCCUUGGAGAAAUCUGUAGUUAUUAUGUACAUAUAUUUUAUUUCAAGGUGACUUUUGAUUAUUUCCCUCUUGUGUUUUCUUAGAUACUUUUGUAGCUAGAAAACAGCUUUGUCAUUGCUUUAAUAAAAUGCAUACAAGCUUGCUACUCUGUUAACACAUAGAGAGAGAGAGGGAGAGAUUGCUAUUAAAUUCCCAUGCAUUCAAGCAAGAACAGCUGGUUAGGAUUAGGAGAACGUUCUACCUUCAGCAUACAGCUUUCCCACAGCUUCUUUCCUCUUUUUAUUUUAUUUUUUUUUUCUGGAGCUGACAUAAACAAAGUUGGCGUCAUAUCCUGUAUUCAGUUAACAUUUUUGAUACAAUAAAGUUAUUUCUCUAAAUUAUUUUCAAUGCUGAGUACAGCAGACAUUUCAUUAUUCGAGAAUCUGCUUUUUAACCAGAGCAAGCGUUCACAGGAUGACUAAAACAUAUAAAGUAAAUUAUAUCACACAAGAUCAUUGCUAGCAAUAGCUUUAAUUGCUAUUCACUUGCUCAAUAGGCAUGUUAGACUUUUUACCUUUUUUUUUUUUUUUUUAAGGUAAGCAUAUGUGGUCCUGGGAACUGCCUGACAAGAUUAGAUAGAUUUGAAGUCCCUAGGUGGCACAGUUGUAAGUGUCCAACUCUUGAUUUCAGCUCAGGUCAUGAUCUCAGAGUCCUGAGAUGGAGCCCUGCAUUGGGCUACCCACUCAGCGGGGUGUCUGCUUCAGAUUCUCUCCUUCUGCCCCUCCCCCCACUCACCUGCUCUCUAGCUCUCUCUCAAAUAAAUAGAUAAAUAUUUUUUUAAAAAAGAUUAGAUAGAGAAUUCUCGUGAGAGAACUUGGUUUUGUGACACAAGCGACCACCAUGGACAAGUUUUAGGACAUCCAGGUUGCAGUGCUACAAAAGUUUAGGGUGGAACUUGGUCCCUGAUCAUAUCUUCCAAUACAAACAGGACAGCACACAGACCCCAAAUUAAAUAGAGGGUCUGAGACUGCAAAAUGUGUUUAAAGAAUAUCCCUCAUUCUGGGCACCUGGGUGGCUCAGUUGGUUAAGCGACUGCCUUCGGCUCAGGUCAUGAUCCUGGAGUCCCGGGAUCGAGUCCCGCAUCGGGCUCCCUGCUCAGCAGGGGGUCUGCUUCUCCCUCUGACCCUCUUCUUUCUUGUGCUCUCUGUCUCUCAUUCUCUCUCUCAAAUAAAUAAAAUCUUAAAAAAAAAAAAAGAAUAUCCCUCAUUCUAUACCCUAAUCAAUAUGUUACUGGUAGACAUUAUUUACUCCAGAACACCUAUAGCCAUCUCCAGAGAGCCUGCCAUUGUCUCUAGACUAGUUAAACUAUUUUAGAAAUCUGUGACAAUUCAAGUCAUUGUUAUUGCAAUAAUGUGGGCUAAGGAAGACCUUGUUUGAAUUCUUAGGAAUUUUGAAAGUCUCAAUUACAUAGUAAUAAAUACAUAUAAUCACUUAAUAAACCUCCUUUAAAACUUUUUUUUUUUUUUUCAUCCAUUCAACCAGGAGUCAUGAGUCAGGAGUUUUGAUUUGUAUUCCCCACUCUGGAACUAAACCAGUUCUGUGAGACAAGCAAGUCAAACUUUAUGUAAUCCUCAUGUUCUCCCUCAGGAGAGACGGGGGUAUCCAUAUUUGCUAUAUGCCUACAUAUUUGUUCAUUGCCGUGCUGCAUUGGAGUGAAAAGUAUAAGACACGGGCUCUACUCUCAAGACAGGUACAUUAACCAUUAAACAUCACAAAGGGCAGUAUUCCUUCAUUUAACACAUAUAAAUUGAGUACUUCCUAUAGGUUAAGCACCCUGCCACAUGCCACAAAGAUGGCUCUGGACACCAUUAAUGUCCCCCAGUGCUGUGGGCAUUACAAGGAAGCUGUCCCUGGAGUUGUCUGGAAAGUGAUCGUGACAGAGGUGGUGAUGGGACUAGAUUAAUAAAUUCAGGCAAAUGAGGCAAAGUGCAAGGAGGUAAAUAACUAAUAAUGUCGUUUAUUAAACUUUUAUAUAGCAGAUACUGCUGUAGGCUUUGCAUACAUUUAUAACUGACUCUUGCAAAAAUACAGUGAGGUGGAUAUAACUUUCCCCAUUUUAUAGUGGAUGAAAUUUACUUGGCAAUAUUUUAAACUUACCCCAGCAGGCUGUAGCUCUUCCAAGAUCAUACAGUAAGUGAGAGAGUCAGGAUUUGAAUCCAGGGUCUGUGCCCCUAAUCAGCACUACUCUGCCUUCUAAGUGUUUGUUAAACAAACUCCAGAUAUUUUGUUAAUGCAAAGUGAUUUUUAGUCAUGUCACAACCCCAGCAUAUGAAAUCACAAAAAAAGAAUAUCUUUUAUUUUCAGAACUUCCAUCUAUGAGUAACUCAGAAAUCUAUAUCCCUUUUCCUUACUCCUAGAGAUCCUUUUUUUUUUUUCUUUCUUUAACUGUAGUUUGGUCUUUCUCCAGUCAGCAGUUUUACCAAUGAUACCUGGUAAUAGAGGGUGUGGUGAGGUUAAGAGACCACUAAUGAAAAUUUUAUGCCAUUUUAUUUUAAUCAUCAUCCUAAACAUGAGCACAUGUAGCAUAGCCUCAUUAGCUAUUCGACGUGAAAACUUGGACCAGCCAUCAUUUACACAUGCAUUCAAUAUAAUGACUAAAGGUGAACAAAAAUUUAAGAUAUGGUUUAUCUGCAUCCGAAUGUCUUCUUUUGUUCUUCAACUGCCUAGAAAAUGUGGAGGCAUAUACAUAAAACAUAGAAAUCAGGAUGCUUAUCCCAGCAGGCUACAACUAACUGCCCUUGAAUGGGUAAGAAGAGCAUGCUGACUUAUGUCCACAUGUCUAUUAAGGCUCAGUCUCAUUUUUAAAUUCCCAAUUUCCCUUCUGGCUAUUUUUUCUAGGUGUUUUUAUUUCCUUUACCUUUUUUUUUUUUUUUUUUUUGUGGGGAAGGGGAGUUGGGAGGUAGGGGAGAGUGGGAAUUCCAAGUAAGAGACCACAACACAAGGAAAUGAAUACACCUAGAAAGCUGGUGUACUUGUGUAAUCCCAAACCUGGUCUCCUAAAUAUUUGGUAGACUACUUAUAUCCCUAACCUGUUAUGUUUUCAACAUUUUUGCAAAAAGGAUUUUGCAAAUUAAAGGGAAGACCGCAUUCACCCAAACUUUAGAUGGUUACUAUAGUUAACAUCUGGGCUGUGUCCUGACGUCAGCGCUGCAGUGAUGAAGUCCAGAUGUUAUAACUUAGCAAUGUUUUUGUUACUUCUAAGCAUCUGCUGCCUUUGUUGGUUUUGUUUUGUUUUGUUUUGUUUUUUCAGACUCUAACUUCUUAAAAAUGAAGGUAUUAGAGAAGGAGGGGAGAUGAAAUUAGCAUACGGCGUGGACCCAGAGUAGCUGAAUGCCUCCCCUUUUGAACACAGUCUCAGGCCAUCACAGAACGUGCAGCCUGUGGGAAGGCAGGCUCCAGGGCCUGCUGAGAUAAGGAUAUUCCCAUUCCGUUGCUAUUUUCAGUUAAAACAGUCUAUGUGAUUGACUAAUAAGUCUACUCAUGUUUAAUACCCGAUAGGAAGGAAAGAGGAAAAGGAAUUAAAUCAAUAAUAAAUAUUCCAAAAUGUUUACAGUUGUUGACUUUUAAUCUGAUUUUAAUUUUAUAUAUCCACAUACAUAUAUAUCUCUACAUAUAUAAGCACCACACACACACACACACACACUGUUUUUAUUGUUCUAGAAGAGGGGAACCAGCACUCACAACAGCAACCACAUUACAGCAGAGCCAUUUCCAAUGAGCAGCCAAGGACAGGUUGAAAAAGGCACUGUUACUCCCUAACAUCCAUGUGAAGAAGUUAAGAAAAUCUCCCAAAACGAUUUCUUCCCUCAAAACCCAUUUUAGUUCUAUAUCCAUUAAUUUAUCUAAAAUAUUCACAUGGCUAAUCAUAUUUUUAACUGAUUUCCCUUCUUAUGCUAAUGAACUCCAUAUGCAUUCCAAACAUUUUAUUACUUGGUGUUAAUAACUCAGCUUUGGUUUAACCUGAAACUAUUCUUACAACUUGCUAGGAGUUACCCCAAGUUCUGUUCUAUUAUUGCAAGUUUUGGGGAACAGAUCAUAUGAUAGCCUCCCAUUUUUCUCAGUCCUUUAGAUGAUUUUGUGUGAACAUUUUAGAUGCUUUCUAGUUUGUUAAUAGUCCUCUUUAGUAAACAAGAUACUUUACAUGUACUCUGAGCAAGGUAGGAUAUGGUAGGAAUUCCUCUCUUGUUCUAGGCCUUAUGACAAUAUUAGUAUAACCUAUAAUUGCAAUACAUUUACUCUUCAUAUCCUUGUCACCUACACCAUAUUGAUGGUUCAUUUUAAGCUUGUGAUCAUGUAUAAGCAGAUCUUUUUAACAUGAAAUAGAAUCCUCAAGCCUUUUGUUUCUGCAGCAGAGUUUUUUUUAGGCCCAGAUAUAAGGUUGGCAUAUGUCCCAGUCAAAUCUAAUCUUGUUCAUUUUACAUAUACCUUCCCUUACCCAUCAUUUCAGCCUAUUGAGAUAAUUUGGAGUCUUUAUCUCUUCAUAUAUUAGCUUUUUAUUUCAGCUUUGUGACACUCAUAGACUUUAUAAGCACACCACCUGGAACUUUUAGUCAGGGACUUUGGCCUUAAUUUAAUCAAAAUACUACUUAGGAUAUGAUCAAUGACAAAACAGAGAUUUCUCUUUAGGUCCGUAUUCAUUUUUAAUUGUCAAUACUCCCUACAAGCCAGUUGCUCAGCCAAAAUAUGACUCUAUCUAAUUGUUCCAGCACCCAUUCAGCCUAAAAGAACAUCAUUAAGAUUUUGCAAAAUGCUUUGCUGAUAUAAGGAGGCAUGCCAUUUCUCUGAUUUACUCGUGUAAUAACUUUAUAAAAUGGUAUCAGGUAUUAUUAAGAAUUGCUUUUUUGUUUAAUUCUUGCAUGUUUCAAUAUUUUUACUCCAACUAUGUUAUCUUUAAUAAUUAGCAUGUACCUUUAUUUGUAUAGUAUUUUACACUUAAAAAAAUACUUCAACAUAAAUCACAUUCAUAAAAUCCUUUUAAACAGAUUAAGAAAACAUAUAUGAUUAUCUUUGUUUUAUUUUUUUAAAGAUUAUUUUAAAGAGAGAGAGAGAGACUUGCGGGGGAGGAACAAGGGGAGGGAAAGAGAGAAUCUCAAUCACACUCCCUGCUGAGCAUGGAGCCCAACACGGGGCUUGAUCUCAGGACCCUGGGCCAAAAUCAAAAGUCAGAUACUUAACCAGCUGAGCCACCCAGGCACCCCUGAUUAUCUCCAUUUUAAAGAUUAAGAAACUGAAGUUCAGAGAGGUGGCUAGAAUCCAGAUCUUGUUAUUUUAAAUACAGUUUUGAUUUUUGUUUUUUGUUUUUUUUCCAUGAUACCACAGCUAACAGGAUUCAAUUGCAUUCUAUUUGCAUGGUUAGGUGCUCAAUGAAUAUUUUUUGAAUAGAUAAAUUUGUUCAAAAAAUCUUUCUAUCCAAGGACUUUGCCUCAAAGCAUUUUGCCAUUUAAAAGAGCUGGCCAAUUUCUCCAAGAACAAAAAUUAAGCUCCAUUUUACUAGCAAGUGCAGUAACAAGAGUUGAACGUGUAAAUAAAUACAGUAGGUAAUUUUUUAAGAGUCUGUAUGUGUGGUAUUUAUAAUAUUUAGAACUGUGUUUUCCAAAUCCUGGCUUACAGACUGGUGCCAAUCCAGGUUGAAAUUCCCAAUGAUCUGCAGUAAAAUGAGAAAAUAAGAGGCCAAUUGUUAUCAACUGAAUUGUGUCCGCACCCCAUGUAUAUGUUGAAACCAUAGCCUCCAAUGUGACAGUAUUUGGAGAUGUAAUCCGUAAGGAGGUAAUCAAGGUUAAAUGAGGUCAUAAGGUUGAUGUCCUUAUAAGAAGAGCAAGAGAUACUAGGAGUGAGCUCACACAGAGGAAGGCCAUGUGAGGACCCAGCCAGAGACAGCUGUCUGCAAGCCAGGAAGAGAGCCCUCACCAGAAACCAACCCUGACAGCCACCUUGAUCUUAGACUCCCAGCCUCCAGAGCUGUGAGAAAAUAAAUUUCUGUUGUUUAAACAAACACCCAGUCUGUGCUCUUCUGUUACGGCAGCCCCAAGCUGACCAACAGCAAUGUACUGAAUUUUUAAUCGUAUCAAAUGUACUCAGUUUAAAACCCUGUCCUUUUUCUGCCCUUCUUACUUUUUUAUUGUUAUUAAUAUAUCCUCGCUUAUGAACUAGGGUGAUGAUAGAGGUUGGUUUUGGGUGAUGUAGAUUAAUACAUUCACUUAAGAUAGUAAAGGUUAGCAAUUCAAUCCUGUGCCCAUAUAGUUUGGAAACGUUACUAGUCUAUGGUAUCGGUAAGUGUUAGAGGAGACCGUGUGAGUGUAGCAGUGAUGAUCUGACUUCAGCUGACUUCAACCAGGAGAACUCUGAUCUACAAAGAACUAAGAUCUUUGCGAAGCUUAGUGCAGCAGAUGGGAACAAUAUUCUUCUGGCAGGGAGCAGCAAUAUUUUGGGUCAAAAAUGAUCAAAUCAUAUUAAAGCUUUGUAGAAGCAAUAUUGAGUGGAGCAGAAUCAUUUGGUAGAACUUUAUAUGGAAAUGUGUAUUCAAGAAACCCCUACUGAUCCUCUCCCACGUGCCAGGCAGUGUCAGGCAGUGAGGAUACACCAGUGACCGUGGCACAUCCCACGCACAGAAGGGGCUCACGGUCUCGUGCUCAAGACAGUGAGGGGAGUGCGGUGGUAGAAAUGGGGCCAGUGUCCCAAAGCAACUCCAGAUGAGGCCUCAACGUCCUGGCAGGCAAAGAUAUUUCAGGGAGAGUGGAUGGCAUCCAAAGACGCAGGAAGUGGUCACAUGUAUGAAGGAGGUGACAACAUCAGUGGAGACAUUUGCCUGAAAAGGAAAAAAGAAUGAUAAAUGGGAAUAGUCUGGGGUGGGAGAUAAUGGCUUCGGGGUAUGUUCUGGUUUUCUGUUUAUUGCUAUUUUUGUUAUUUUGGCGCUCGGGUUGUUUGUUUUUUAAUCAGGGCGAGAGAGACAGGCUGAGGGGAAGUUGCCAGUUAAAGUAGGGGUGGGGUGGGGGGAAGAAAUGGAAGCUGAAACUCUGAGUACGGGCUAAGAACAUUGUUGAGGUAGGACUUGAGAUAGGUGAAAGGCACGGUGAAGGAAAGUCUUCGUUAGGAGGCGUGCAGCCCCACCCCGAGACCAGUGGAAAUGGGACAGAGAUUGCUGUGGCAACAGAUAACUUGACAAGGAGUGUCUGGGGAGCUGAGAUAGACCAUAGCCCAUGGCCUCAACUUUCUUACUGCAGCCCCUGACAACACAGUCUGCUAAAAAUGGAUCGGGGCUUGAGAUGAGUGGGGGAGGUUCAGAGGAAUCGAGGAGGAAUGGAGAGGGUCAAGUCCAAAAAUGAGGUUAGGGUGCUUGAAUUGGUGAUGACUGUGAUUUACAAAGCAUUGGCAUUUUCUCCAGUAAUAAUUUGCUACCUUUUCAGGGGAGAGAGGGAAGAAAGGGGGGAUUGCGGGUUUAAUUCAGUGUGGAGGUUUUCCUGGUUGAAGGCACUGAAGAAGCAAGAAUCCAGGGAAUUGAAGGUGCAUGCCAGGAAUAAAUGACAGGCACAACCAGAAACCCCCUAUGGGCAGGAGAUAGGAUGGGAGGCUGCGUCCAGAUGGGAGACUGAGUCCACAGUUGAAGACUUACGAAAGAAUGAUGCACUGUAGGGAAUAAAAUGGCAUAGAUGGAUGCCCAGUGAUGGCCUUGGAGUUGCAAGGUUACAGUGUGUGUAGGCUGUCUACCAGGACCUUGCCUCUUCUGAUGAGGCUGCCGAAGUUGGAGGGAAAGGGAAAUGUGUGAACCGAGUGCUAGUCUUCAGUGAAAAAGGAGGAGCAAUGGGAGAUGCUCGACUGAGGAGACCGGCGAAUAAGGACUGGGAGACAGCAGCUGAGAGAACUUCUCAGAAGCCAGAGAAAGCUGCACAAGAAGAGGAGGGGGCAGGAGUGGCCUGGGUUUUCCAUUAGGACCAGGAGGUGGGGAAGCUGCUGCCCAAGUUGGGGAUGUGAGAGAGCACGGGGAACAAUGAAGUGAGGCCAGUGGCCCAGGAACAGGGGGUGGGAGGAGGGGAAAGCCAGGAGACAGGAGUGAGGGAGUGCCACGCAGCAAGGUGGGAGAGAUGCUUUUGUGACCUCCUGAGCACCUGGCCAGGCCGACACAGCUGAGGACCAAAAGUAACCAAGGGCCUGCCUUCCUGGAGCUUCGGUAUCACACGGUUGGCCAUUCAUUUCAUAACUAAAGAUUACAGCGAGCAGAGGCAUGGUCUCAGGUCAGGGCAAAACUAUAGCUAAGCAUUUACACGUUGCUUACCCGAAAUUGCCAUAAGCAAUCUCCCACUAAAAUGAAUGCAAACCAGAAGGUGCUUUCAGCUUCGAGCAGUUCCAGGUAGGACUAUGAAGCUAGUUACAAUAUUAUUAAAAUAUUGCUCAGUUUGGUUAGAAAAUUAUUCUAGAACCAUUGUUAGCCUUAAGUCUGUGAUAAUUCAUCUUAAAUACAAAGCAGGUCUGUUCUUUGCCCUUGUUGGAGCAUACCUGUAACAUACCUUGGAAGUCAGGUAUUUGUGCCAAUUUGGGGCCGUUAGACAUCAUGGUUAUGACAAGCGGUAUUAUGUGACAACUAAGAAUAACUGGUGGGGUUUCAGUUCUCAUUCUGCCACUUACAUAAUGUGGGUAACUAUGGACAGGUUCCUUAGCCUCUCUGUGCCUUAGUGUCCACAUCUGUAAAAUGGGCAUGACGUUAGCGCAUCUACCACACAGGGUUGCUGUGAAGAUUAAGUGAGUCAGAAAAAGCAAAGCACUUAGAAAGCUGUCUGGCACAUUGGAAGUGCUAAGUAAGUGUUAACAGUUACUAUAAUUGCACAUAAUGUGACACGCUUCGAAAGGUAUUAUAUUGUCUAUAGUCAGUCCUGCUGGCAAAGUAUUGGCUGUGCUGUCUUUGCAGUUGCAAUCCUGACCUAGUAACAACUGUGCCAAAUUGCACAAGCAGACAGUCAUGUUUGGCAGUGCCUGAAGUUUUGACUGUUAAUGGAACAACUGGAACUUUUACUUGGCACCCAACCAAACAAUGAAUCGUUGUCAUCAUCUCAGCAGUAUUUUUGCCUCUUGUCUCUUGAUUUGCAGUGGUCAUGCAUUAAAUACCUGUGAAAAGCAACUUACUUCUGGGCGAUAGGUGAAACUCCUUGCAACGUGAUUAAGGACAUGGGAUAUCUGGAUGGUAUGCUUGUUAACAGCGGAGUCUGUUUCUGCCUGUAUUUAAGAGAGACACUCAGUCUGGGUUUUGUUCAGCAGAGUUUUGCAAUCAAGGGUCACUUCUAGGUGGGGCACUGUACUGACAACAAAACAGGAAUGAACAGUAUUUAUGAUCUAAAUGAUGGGAUGCAUUGGCCCGAUGCACUGCUUUAUUCAUUCAACAAAUAUUGUAAAUAUGUUUCAGGUACUGUGCUAGACCCUAGGACAUAGCCCUGCUCCCUAGACUAUCUGCAGAUACUUAAAUAUGGACUCAGACAAGUGUGAUAAAGAGAUGAGCAAGCCAGUGGUAUGCAAGUGAGUGCUGGAUGAUGGAAUGUUGUCGUGUGAAGAAAAAAUCAUUUGACUUAUUCUACUUUCAUAGGUAUCUUUAUUACAAACACGGUUGGAAUCUAGAUUGGUGUGGACUGCUAUCCGUGUACUCUUUGGUCAACAAGAUUUCUGAGUGGUAUUCAUUUUGAAAUAUUUUUUGAGCACCAGAUUCUUCUAUUUCAGAUGAGGUACACACACGUAAACACAAUCCAGGAUGCUGCCGUAUGACCGAAUCUAGCCAAUACCAGGAAUCCUGGUAAAUGUUGAACCAUUAGGAACUUCACUCUAUACUAAUGGUAUUUCUAUUGUCAUCUUAAUUCCUAAUUUUCUGUUGAUCAAAUCAAUCCUAUCUAAACAGUUAGCUGGGAAUCCUAUAGAAAAAGAAAGUCUAAGAUAUUUAAAAAGGCAUGCUUUCAGACCUUUAGAAGCAAAGUUUUUUUUCUCCAAAUGAAAACUGCAUAAACGAAAAUGUAUCUUUAACUUCAGUUUCUUCCUUUAAUUUGCCAUUGUUGCAAAGGGCCUUUAAAAAUCUCAGUUCCAGGCAGAAGUAUGACUGGAUUCCUUCUACCUGCCCAACUGCCUUCUCUCAUAAUUAUGCGUCCUCAGGACCACCUCCCUGGUCCAAGUUUUAGCUUCUUCUGCAGGUUGUUUAAAGUGUUAUUUAAAGCAUCUUACAACGUUUUACAUCCACCUGAAUAACGUCUGAUGGCAGGGUCUGGGGUCUGGACAGAAUUGAAAUUCGGAGCCCCUGAGACAAUGAUUUGGGUGCAAGGGGUAUAUUUAAGAUGUGGCCCCAGAGACACACUGAAGGAAGGAGGAGAGCUCGGAAAGUGAGGGGAGCCUACGAGGGGCUAGCAAGCAGCUUGCAGCCGGGAUCCUGUGUUCCAGCUACCCCACUGCAGAACUGCCCCGGAAGUCAGCCAUGUAAAAGCUCCACCCACGAUGCUCGCAGACUGCAUGUCAGGAGUUAGGAUGGGCAUGGGGGCCUCUGCCUCUCAAGGUCUGGGGCCUCCACUGGAAAGUUUCAAAGACUGGGAUGCCUCCACAGCUGGGGCUGGAAUCACCUAGAUGUUUCUUCAGCAGCGUCUGGGGGUGGAUGCUAGCUGUUGGGUGGCACCUCGGCUGGGGCCCAGCAGAGCACCUACACGUGGUCUCUUCACACGGCCUGGACUUCCUCCCAGCACCGCAGUCUCAGGGCAGUCAAGCUCCUUACAGGUAGAACAGGGCCCCAGAACGAAUGUCCCAGAGAACAAGGCCAAGCAGCCUCAACUUUUCUAAGCUAACUCUUCUAACCACAUUGUGUUGGUUACAAGCAAGUGAUGAUCCUGCCAGGGCACCUGGGUGGCUCAGUCGUUAAGCGUCUGCCUUCAGCUCAGAUCAUGAUCCCAGGGUCCUGGGAUGGAGCCCUGAGUCCAGGGAGCCUGCUUCUCCCUCUCCCUCUGCCCACCCCCGCUUGUGUGCGCUCCUCUCUCUCUCAUUCUGCUGUCUCUCUCAAAUAAGUAAAUAAAAUCUUUUUUUUUUUUUUUAAGUGAUGAUCCUGCCCUAAUUUAAGGGGAGGGAAAAAUAGAGGUCAAUUCUCAGUGGAAGUAUGUCAAAGAAUUUCUAGCAUUUUUUCUAAAAACAAAACACACCAAAAAAAUCUGUCACAGUGUAGGCAACCAUUUCCUUCUUGACUAGAAGCAUCAAAGGGAAGGCAAAAUAUGAAAUAACAAGUAAUUACAAUAUAACGAGUAGAUAAUUACAAUAUAACAUAACAUAGGGUGAUCAGAAACAGGUAGGUACAAAGUAUAAUAGGAUCACAGAGGAGUGACACUUAGCUUCGUCAUGGGUUCAGAGAAAAUGGAUUAACGUCAAUCCAAUGGAGGUAGGGAGGAGAUUUCAAGUAGGAGAAAUAAAAGCAGCCGCUCGGUGUAUGCAGUUUGGUAAAGUGGAAUGUGGAGAGUGGCAGGUGAAAGUGGAAACGGAAGGUCAUGAGAAGUCUUGAGUGUCAUAUUAACAGGCCGGACCUUAUUUUCAGGCAGUGUAGAGUCAUUAAGGGUCAUUGUCAGUAUCUAGAGUAAAGAUUAUGAAAGCCUGAACGGAGUAUAUAGCUGGAGCUAACUAGUAGGGGUGGAUUUGAGAAAUAUUAAGGACGUAAAAUAAUCCUGGGGGGUUAAUUGGGUGGGUGGAGUGUAGGUUUGCCACCAGGUUCUGACCCUGGGUGCUUGGAGGUGUGCUGGUUCCAGUGAGACAAGGAAUUGUGUAGGAUGAAUUGGUUAGGGAGGAGAUGGUGAGGAUGAGGUCCCUGUGGCAGUGCAGGUGCCCGUGGCCAGUGGUCGCGUGUGUGUCUGAGUCUAAACUUGGGAAAGAAGGCAGGGCAGGAGAGAUCAACUUGGGAAUGAUCAGCAGAUAGGAAAAGAGAAAGUCUAAGAAGGAUACAUGGAAAAGACAAAGCAGCUUUUUUGGCUUCAAGAAUGCAGAUGUUGCUAAUAACUUGAAGUAGUUCAAUUUUCUUGAUGAUGAAAACAAAGUUCCAUGUUGAGAGAAGGUGGAGCCCAAAUACUGAGAACAAUUUUUAAAACAAAGAGAAACAACAAAUAUGGAUCCUACAAAGGGGAUGAUAAAGUUUUCUCUGUUGGUACUGUGCAAGUCUUUGUAAUUGUUCCCAAUGCCCUCUACUUGUCCUCAGAAAUUCUAACCCUGAGUCCCACUCAUGAAAUAGGUGAAAACAUUGCUAAAAACAUGUUAGGGUCAUACUCUGUAUAAUCUCAAACACUGUCACAGUUGACUUCGUUCCUUCUGAUCCACAUACGUAUUGCAGAAUCACUAAACACGAAAAUCAUUAACCAUCUCCAAAUUUAAAUCUUCACAAAUGGAAACAUCUAUAAUGAAAUGGAAAGAGGUUAUCUUUUUUUGUCUUUUCCCUUGGUGUUUAGUGUUCAUUAUUCCAAAACAUCUCAACAAUCCAUAUUUGUGUGUUAGUAUGAGUUUCCACCAGGCUUCCUCUGUAUAUCUUCCUUACUUUUCGAGUCUGAAUGACAAAGAAUUCAGAAUAUUGAUGCCCUAAGAAAGAUGUUUUUCCAAGAGGAAUUGGCAGGGGAACAGAAUGUGUUUGAAGACCAGGAAGACAAGAAGACCAAGCCUGUCCUUCAUAUGAUCAGGUGCUUGCCUUACUCAGUAUAAUUACUGUCAGGUAGGCAUGCACAAGUUUGGGUUUUUGGUUUUUGUUUUUGUUUUUGUUUUUUUUUCCACCCAUAAAAGGGUUUCUCCUAGUUAAAAGGGUUGAAAAACCACUGGUUAAGAUAAUCCUAAUCUAUGGAUAAUCCCCACAUCUUCCCUUCAAUGGCUCCAAUUGCCUUCCCCAAGAAAGCUCCCAUCAGAGCUCCUAAGGGUGAGCCAAAUGGACAGAUCUAAGCUUUGCCCCCUCUUAAUGAAGCAUAGCAAAUGACCAAAAGGCAAGCUGCUGAAAGAGAAAUGAAAGGAACCCAGGGUCUGUAUAUUCCAAACUGGCUAAUUGGCCCCUGAAAGAUAGUGAGUGGUGUGCUAAUGCCUCUUACUUCCUAACAGCUCAGCAGGGCCUCCAUGGAAGAAUCCAGCACCAACUGGGGAGGGGGGGGUCACUGCAGAAGGAGAGAUUCUCAACGGUGUCCUUUGUCCCUGUUGAAAGAACUGAAAGCCCCUCUUCACAGUGUUACUUUGCCAUUUAGAGGGCUUGGGGGUGAAGGGGAAGAAGGAAAGGGGAAAGCUUUUCUUACAUUUUCUCUGCCACGUUCAUAGAGACUCCUACCAAAAUAUUAACUUUUGAGAUAUCUUCCUUUUAUGGUCUCCCAGUUGAACUCGAUCUAUAAUAUAAAAACAUACAACAGGGUAUAAUGAGUUUGGAAACCAGAAACCAAGGAAAAAGGAAAAUGUGGCCCCAAUCGAGCUGAGAAUUUUAGCAUAGGAAAACUUGUAUACUUGUGUGAUGUAGCCUCCUGCACGUUCACACUCACGGUGUCUACAGUGGAUAUUUGCAUAAUACUACUCACCUAAGUGGCCUUUUCUUAACUCUUAAUUGAAAGCACUUCUCACCUCUUUGGAUAAUUUGCAAGCAUCUGCUUUCGUGUCAGGUGAAGAGAAACUCAGAGUGUGUGCUUGCGAGGAUAAUAUAAAUCCCCAGUGUGACCUCCCAGAGCCCCUUUAUGGAGGUGUAGUAUCUCUCAACCAAAUGUUGAGUCUAUGCAAGAAUAACUGGGGUGGAGAAGAGCCCCACUGCCUCCCUCUCUCCUCAUGCAUUUACUUCCAUUUUCCCUUCGACCUUCCCUACCAUCUCUGUCUCAGCCUCUGGAGCCUCAUGAGAAGUGAGAGCCUAAUACUAUCCAGAACAACUUAUAACCUAAUACUUGGCAUGCCAAACCACACUCACCUGCUGACCGUGAGACAGUGUGAAACCAACAGCCCAGUCUGUGUUGGGAAAGGAUCAGAUUUUACACAAUUAGGGGUUUUCCCCAUUCAGAGCAAAGAUAUUUUCAAAUCAAAGAGACUAUGUAUAUUUCCAUUUGAAUAAAAAUCAGUCAUUAAUAACUUGGUUAUCCAGAGUUGCUUUAAAACAAACAAACAACUUCACCCAGUGGUCUUUGCAUCCUUUUCUCCUACCAAAAUUAAAAACAUCUUAAGGAAAGGUAGAUGAACUUGUCCAUGUGACCGUCCCAUGACACAGAUGAAGGUCAUUUUUAUGUUCCUUCAAACUGUACCUUUGCAUCUGGUUAAGCUUCUUACGUGUUCUAAGGCCUCUGAGACUUAGGGGCCACUCUUAUGGGAAAAGAGCAAGUCCCAUCUGGUAAAUGGCACAGAGGUACGCCCUGGUCUCCAGAGACAUUACUCAAAGUGAAACUUCCAUAGUAGGCUGCAGUUUGUUCCUUUGGAAGUUUCCAUAAAGAGCUCAGGAAAAAAGAAAAAAAAAAAAGUCGCCCUAAUCUUGUUCCCAUGCAUCUACUGUCCAUUUGAAGAUGAAGAUUAUUUAUGUUCAGGGGGUACUGCGGCCCCUUAGAUGGCUCUCCAGAGGCUGAGGGCCGAAGGGAUGCACUAAUGUUUAUCACUGGCACGAGAACAAGCAUCACAGAAAUGCAGGAUCCUUGGCUCGCCUCCCAAACUCUGCGUUCUCUCUGACUGACUUCAAGCCGCUUUGUAAAUGGUGGUGUUGUUUGAGGAGAACAUUUUCUCGCUGGGUUACAGUUCUAUAGGAGUUGAUUUUUUAACACUCCUCUUCUGGAAAACUUCCCAUUUCUAAUACUUCCCUUCGCUGGGUUCCCCUUUGAAGUAGGAGAACAUAGCACAGGCCAGAGAUUACAUAUCAGGAUCGUUUCCCUCUUGAGCUCUGUGCCCGUGCGUGAGUGUGAUUGUGCGUCUGAGUUGGUUAAUUGUUUUGUUGGGUCCUAAGAGCGUGGUAUAAUGUUGGCCAGGAUGCUGGAUUCAGUCCCCGAACAUUUCACACUGAAGAAGCCUGCUUUGCAGCUACAGAUCCAGCUCACAUCCCCAAAUGAUACCAAAUCAUUUGGCAGCUACAAGCGUGUGGUCAGUUGCAGAGCAUGGCGUGCCGGACCCCAGUCUGAUCUUGCCCUUACCUGAGGUUCUGGCGGUAUAACCCAACAUCAGCACCUGGCUUCAGUUAUUUUGGAUUCCCCUCUAUUCCACACACAUCUGUAGCAAUCCCUUUCCCCUGUAAUGUUCACCCUGGUCUUCACCACUGAUUUGAUACUAUGUGAAGUGAUGUUAAGAAGCCUCCCAGCCAGUUGCAUGUAACUCUUGUAGUUGUUUCUUCACAGUGAGCAGUAGAUAAAACAUUUGCAAGUUGUUCUUGCAGACUAGAGAUUACAAAACCUAUUACCCUAGGUAGAUAACACCCCAAAUCCUCCUGCCCGAUCUCCUUUUUAUAUAAAAAGAGAAAAACCAAAUGGCUGUAUAUUCAGAAACUGACUUCCAGAUCAUACCACAUUGCCUGGUUUUGUUCUGACAUUCCGACUAGACUGCGCUCUGAAGGCAGGGACCUGUCUUAACUUAAUCAUACGCUGCCCUACCACCCGACAAAGUGCAAUGCACACGCGAGGCUCAGCAGAUGCCUUGCUCAGCUUCUGAUCGUUCCAAAGUAAGUACAUGCCCCUCCUGAAAAAACACCUCAAAGGACAUGUACCUCAUUGGGGAGGAAUGACUUUUACGAGCUUCCUGGAAAUUAGGCCGAUUCCCUUUGCUAACUGUGUAACCCAGAGCCACAGUUGGGCAGGAUAUGCCCAGCUCAGGGGCUCUCAGCCAAGAGGACACCUGGGAGCAGGAGUCCAGCCUGUCCCUGGGUCUCUAAGCCCUGGGGGGGAGACAGCUCCAGCUGAAGAAGGGAGGCCUUUUUCUAAUUUGUUAAAAGGUACUGAUACCUCACUAAGCCACACACCUACGGGGCAGUGUCUCCUGAGAGGGCACCUUUUCCCAAUUUAUGGUUUUGUGUGGGUUAGCAAGGUUCAAGUAUAACAUAGGGAAAGGAAAGAUGAUCAAAAUUAGUUUAGCGAGCUGGGAGAUUUUAGUUUUCUUUUAUCACAGAGUCUAUAUAGAUUUCUUUUUAAGAUUUCCUUUAAAAAUAUAAAAAUACAUCUGACUACCAAUAUAAAUGCAUGUGUUAACAUAUGUAUAUUUAUACACAAACACACACACAGAACUUGAUAUGGGGUAAAAAUGAAGAUAACUGCAAAUGAAAUUUUUAGGAGCACAGAGCUGCCCAAUAUUUAUUAACUUACUCAAAAGGAUGUCAGAAGGAAGCAUUUUUACCUGUUCAUGAUUCCUUCACUUAUUCAUUUAUUCUUUCAAUAGAUGCAUUAGGUUCUUACUGUUUAAAAAUAAUCAAUUAUAAUGCAGGAAGAGAUGUGCAACCUUGUGGUCAGAAAGGCCAGCAAAAUGCUAGGGAGACAGAGCAGUGGAAAGCUUCAUUCUCUCCUUUCAAAACAACUAACGGCAUCUAAGGACUGCUGUGUGAGAAUAAUUUGUGUAUCAUCAUAAAAGACCAGGGUUGAAAGGGACUUCGUAGCCAUCUAAACAAUCAGUCUUUUCACUUCACAGAGAGAAAAUUGAAAUCUGAAAAGGUGCAAUGGUUUGUAUUUUAUUUCUUGUUUUAGAAAUGUCAAAUUAUUUUCAGAAGCUACCAUGUCUCCUCUUUCCCUCUGACUCAGAAGUCAGAAACAUCUACCAUGGCUUUGUUUUUUCCCUGCACUUAACAUUUCACCUGGGGAAGCAGUAAAUCCUUUUAGGUAGAGAUAAUCUCAUAAUAUUGAUCUCAAGUUGCAUUGGUUUCGAUAAGCUUUUCGGAAUAAAAAGUGAUUUUCCGGGGGCGCCUGGGUGGCUCAGUCAGUUAAGCGACUGCCUUCGGCUCAGGUCAUGAUCCUGGAGUCCCUGGAUCGAGACCCGCAUCGGGCUCCCUGCUCAGUGGGGAGUCUGCUUCUCCCUCUGACCCUCCCCCCUCUCAUGGACUCCCUCUCUCUCAUUCUCUCUCUCUCAAAUAAAAAUAAAUAAAAUCUUAAAAAAAAAAAGUGAUUUUCCUUGCACCGCACACAAUUUAUCAUAAAUAUUCCUAAUUUAUUCUUUUGGCUCCAUCCAUCUCCAAAGCGAGUACAAUAAGAUUUACUUCUCUCAGAGUUGUAACAGGAAGAUUGUUAGAGUUUAAUAAUUUUUUUUUAAAGAUUUUAUUUAUUUAUUUGACAGAGACAGAGACAGCGAGAGCAGGAACACAAGCAGCGGGAGUGGGAGAGGGAGAAGCAGGCUUCCCCUCGAGGAGGGAGCCCGAUGUGGGACUCGAUCCCAGGAGCCUGGGAUCAUGACCUGAGCCGAAGGCAGUUGCUUAACCAACUGAGCCACCCAGGCGCCCAAGUUUAAUAAUUUUUUUAAAGGAAUCCAAGAAUCUAUGGUUUGGUAUACUCCAACAAAUUACCAUUUUUCUUUUGUUCACUGUCGACAUGAUUGUAGGCAAUUUCCUAUGGAUGUGAGUAAAACAACUGUAUGACAAGGCUGACAGGCUAAUUAGUGGGUCCGAGAUUUUAAGUUCUAAUUCUGUUUUUUUUUUUUUUUAAGAUUUUAUUUAUUCAUUUAUUUGAGAGAGAGAGAGCACAUGAGACGGGGGAGGGUCAGAGGGAGAAGCAGACUCCCUGCCGAGCAGGGGCCCGAUGCGGGACUUGAUCCUGGGACUGCAGGAUCAUGACCUGAGCCGAAGGCAGUUGCUCAACCAACUGAGCCACCCAGGCGCCCCUUAAUUCUGUUUUUAACAUCACUUUACAAAGAGGAGCAGACAGAAUCUUGUAAUCAUAUCUUCCAUUAGUUGAGAUAACUCUACAAUAACGCCAUUCACUGAUGUCAGACAAUCACCUCAACUAAGAUUGUUAAAAAGAAUUGCACUAGUAACUAUAACCCGUGAAGUUUAUAGAAAAUCAAAAUCUGUAACAGUAAGUGUUGGAAAAGUGGAUGAGAUUUAAAGAGAGCAUAUCCAAAGAAAGGUUGAUGAGCCUUGAUCUUGCAACAUUUUAUGCUGAUGCUGUCUUUGGCAUUCUCUUAGUUAUUUCUAUAUUUUACAUGAUUUUCUAUGUUUUGUGUUCACAGAAUGUAUUUUAGAUUUACUACAAAUAAAUUAUUCAGAAUUUCAAAAAUGGGCUCCACAUUAACUUCAGAAAAUAGGUAAUAACCUUAAUUGCAGGGUUUUUUUUUUUUAAUUUCACUUUACGUUUUACUGCUUCUUCCUUCCUCCUACUAUUAAGGUUUUGUAUAAUAAGUACCAAAAGUUCUAAUCUUCAAACAGUCCUUCUGAAGACUGUCAGCUAUUUAUAGUUCUUUCUUCUCUAUUUUACUUUAAUGGAUGCUUUUAAAGCUGUUAGAAAUUAAAGGUCGCCAAGGCUGAGUGUGUAUGUGGCAAUUUGUCCAAAUUAACUUAUUACUGUGGCCUGGUGGGUGAUGAUGAGCCAUCUGGCUCCAUUUCUUAGGAAAUGUCCUCUAUGAGGGUGAUUUCUGGGAGCAGGUUUAAUUACCUUUCAUCUAAACAAAACCUCUCGUUAUCCUGUGGAUUAAUUAUUUUUAAAUUUUAGUUCAGGAGGAUCUGUCCUUCAGUAUCUCAUCUAUUUCUACUGCACAAGAAAACUGACACAAAUUAUCCUCAGAAUAGCUAUUUUUAUACGUGGAUUUAGAAUAACAGACUAAAGAAAUUUGUCACUCUGUGAAAAUGAAAAAUGAUAAAGAUUAGAGAUACUGAAUAUGCAAAUUUUUUAGCCUUACACCUUGGAAAUGCAAUGUGUUCUCUCUCCUUUUUGCUUCUAUAUCCCACAUGAAAAAAAGUACUGCUUUUAGACCCAGCUUUUACCUAUCUUUUUUUGCAAAUAUAAAUAAGGCCACCACCAUCCGUGGCCCAUUGAAUGGGACUCCACAAUCCAAAAGACAUUAGAUACUUCAUUUUCACCCAUAAAAUUGGAGUAAAAGAUGAAGUAUACCUGUUUCUUUUACUGCUUCAUUAUUAAAUGGACAUCCUUAUAAAAAUGCAAGAAAACUCAACAUGCUUCCAUUAUUAAAUUAUUGGGUACAACCCUACCACACUAAAAUGACCAGAAUAUAACAGCCAUUGUCAAUUAAUUGGCUGUUAAUGAAUGUAUUAUAUGCUUCUAUACAACUUACUUGUAUGCUUUAAACAACUGGUUUUUCUUUGGGGAAACAUCUGGCAAAUAUGAUGAAGCAAAUGUUAAAAGUACACAAAUUACUCCAUUUUCAAAAUGCCUCUUUUUAUUGCAUAAAUUUGCUAAACCUUACCUGUUAAAAUUAAUAUACCAUGGUAAUGGUCACUUUUGGUAGAACAUGUGCAAUGAUUACAUAUUGUCCUACCCACGUAGUGCAAAUGAGUCCUGAGAGGGAUCUCGCCAUAGGCCAUAGAGCAUGGGGUUCGGAGUAAAGAAAAGUUGAGUUCAAAUUCUGUCCAUGCAGUUUAAUAGCUGGGUGUCCUGGCAAGGUACUUAACUUUCCUGGAUCUCAGUUUUGUUGUUCAUUGCAAAGAUAGGAAUAAUAAUAUUUCAUUUAUAGAAUGGUAAUUGUGUUUAAAGGAGACAACUGGUAAACCACUGACUGCAGUGGCUAGAACUCAGCUGACACUCUGGGAAUGACCUUUCCUUUCUCUUUCCUUCCCUGAAAAAAGCAGAAUAAGAGCAAAACUUCAUAGACAAGGCUUGUCAAGGCCCCAGAAUUCAGCCUUGCCUAUCCAUACCUUUACUAAGGAGUUCAAAAUAUCUUCUGGUUUGCCUUCUUUUCAAAUACCUUAUUUACAAAUCAGUUGUUUGGGUUUGGGUUUUUUAAGAUAAAUCUCUCUUUUCUUUGCCAAGAUUCCACGCCAAAGCAGCCUCCCCCCACCAAGAUUCAACUUUUCAGCAUUUGUGUGUUUUAUCUUGCUCAGUGUGGCCUCAAAAUGUAACCCAUACAGCUCUCCAGCGUUAAUUGACAAGUGUAACUGCCGAGCACCAUUGUUUUAAGUGGAACCUAAGGCAGAUGUUUAUUUUUUUAUUUUUAUUUUUUUAAGAUUUUAUUUAUUUAUUUGAGACAGAGAGAAUGAGAGGGAGGAGGGUCAGAGGGAGAAGCAGACUCCCCGCCGAGCAGGGAGCCCGAUGUGGGACUCGAUCCCGGGACUCCAGGAUCAUGACCUGAGCCAAAGGCAGUCGCUCAACCGACUGAGCCACCCAGGCGCCCCUAAGGCAGAUGUUUAGAAAAGAAAUCGAGCAAAGGUGUUUUAUCACUUAACAGAUAUUAUCCUGGCUAGACUCCUUUGCUCUAAGAUGGUAGUGCUAAGAAACAAUUCUCUUCAUUUUUAAUAUUGUCUUUGGAUUUCCAUAUGUCCAGAACUUUUCUUCAUAGGCUAAGUGUGUUUUCUUAAGUUAACAAUGUAGCUAAAAUAUAAAUACUAAUUAAGGCUGAUUUCAGGAUGCUAACUAGAAUUAGACUUGGAUGCUUAUGUAAAGGGGAGAUAGGCUUGAAAUAGACCUACAUUACAUGGCUACAAACUAAAUGUUUUGUUGGAACUUGCAUUUGUCUUCAUCUAAUGGAUGAGGGCCCAGUAUCUAGUUUAGAGUUAACUACAUUGAAGACAAAUAAGUUGUAUGAAAAAUAACUACAGCCUGAUCCAUAAUAAAGAAAGGAAACAGUACUUAUUAUAGCUUUUGAGUGAAACUUCUGAGGCAUUCAGUGUUAUCAUGUUAGCCUCAGAGAUAGACGAUCAACAAUAGAAUUCAUCUCCCUGCAACCAGAUCCUCAAUUCAAGACUCUUACUCUAAGGAUUUAUGGCACAUGAAGGUUGUAUUUAUUUAAUACCAGACAGCUGGAUGAAAAUGAACAAGUCAGGCGUGUCCCAAGUAUCAAAACAUUGUAUUGACAAAAUAUCCAGAGGACAGGCCAAAUUAUGCCACUUUCAUUCAUGUGCUGAAAUAUUUUAUUGAAACUGAAGCAAUGUGAUAGAAGAUGAGGUGCAUAUUGAUUGUGAGAUUAGAGGACCUUUAUUUGAAAUUCCUGUGGAGUACAUUCUUAUCCUAUGCAGUUUCUCUCUGUGGAAUAUACUCUGUGAUCCAAAUCAAAUAUUAAAAAUAAUAUUCAGUCUUUAAAAUAUCUUGGGGGUUUUUUUGAGAAAAAAAAUUGAACUGUUAGAAAAAAAAUAAAACAUCUUUAAAUGUAUUGAAAUUUCUCUCAGCUAAAAUUAAGAGUAUCUGUCUGAAAUGAGGCUAACGAUGGCCAUGGGCUGUAACCAAAGUAAACCAGGUUGUAAAGUUCCUAUUUAGGAGUAGUCAAAAGUGUAAAUAUAUACUAUAAUACAUAGAAUAUUAAUACAUAUACAUAUAAAUAAAUACAUAUAGUAUUAAUACAUAUGCAUAUAAAUACAUAUAGUAAAUAAAUACUGUAUUUUAAUACUUUGUUUUGCUUAGUAUGCCAUUAUUUCUCCCAAAAUAUUGUUGUUCCUUCAGAGAAAGCAGACAAAUAAACAGAACCAGUAAAGGAAAGACCUUUAUUUCCUUUAUGUUAAAAAAAAAAAAAGCUUCACCUAUCACGAAGGAGACAAUGUAAUGAGAUAAAUAGCUAUUUCUAAGAAUUUUGUUUAAUACAAUAUGACAUUUUAUGCAUGAACUAACUUGUACUUGCAUUUAAAAUUCCAAAACUGAUGAGGUAGAGACAUAAGUCUCUUGCAAGUGCCAAGGCAAUAUUCAUGUCACUUGAAACAAAUAUGGGUAACGGGGGGCAGCUUUUCAGCCAUGGCUUUCCUCACACACUAAGAUUCUAGUUAAAUCAUCAGGUUGGACUAGCAAAGAAAUAAGAAUGACUACAUAUUUACUUCGUCUGUAUGGCUGAUGGAAUCCUAAGCUGCCCGCAUGCAUUGUAGCCCAUCCCAGCUUCAGCAUCUACUGGUCUGGGACGGUCUAUAUUCCUCCACCCUGCAUGCUUGGCUCUUUCCUCUCAUGAUACUAUUUCAUCCCUAACCCAAUACGAUGUCUGCUGUAGAUAUCAAUGGCUGAAUGCAAUGGGGCCACCUCUUUUCAUAGGAGAACAGCUGUUACCACACUGACCAAAGAACGAAGGACCCAAGAAGGGCCAUUGUGAUGGUCUUAGAGUGAACAAAAGUAAACACAGUGGGCUAAAUGGGAUGUGCCAGAUUUGCAGGAUUCUUGGGUUAUUUGUUUUCUGGAGACACCAACAUUUGGACAUAGCAGCCUAUAAAAAAAGUCCACAAAGGUUCCCUUUGUAAAGAAAAUGCAACUCAGUGUAUCUGCAUAUUAAAAAUCAUGGUUCGGGGCGCCUGGGUGGCUCAGUUGGUUAAGCGACUGCCUUCGGCUCAGGUCGUGAUCCUGGAGUCCCGGGAUCGAGUCCCGCAUCGGGCUCCCUGCUCGGCGGGGAGCCUGCUUCUCCCUCUGACCCUCCUCCCUCUCAUGCUCUCUGUCUCUCAUUCUCUCUGUCUCAAAUAAAUAAAUAAAAUCUUUAAAAAAAAAUCAUCGUUCACAGUUAAUACUUUUGGUGAGAGCUUUCGAGGUGAAGAUAAAAAAAUUCCAUUUGCAAACAAUUAGAGGACAAGACAUUUUAAAGUAAUUAGAGCACAGUGAUGUGGUCCAUAAAGUAUGUUGUGACCUUGGACAAAUCCUAUCUGGUCUCCUCAUCUGUUAAAUAAGAGGUUGGGCCAGAUUACUGCUGUAUCUCCCUGCUCUAUCAACCUUUAGCUGGAAGUAUACAAGAUUGUAGAGGACUGAGGACCAAUAAAACUAAAAGAAAUUUCCAACUCUUUGCUUAUCUCUGUUUUCUAAAUUUUCUACAAGGAACAGAGAUUCCUUUUGUAAAUUAGGAAGUAAUAACUGAUCUGUAUCCUUUUUUUUUAAUAUUUAAAAUAUACAGGAACAGAAAAUUUAGAGAUCAUCUCCUUUAAUAAAUGAGGUCACAGAAGAUUGAGAAGGUUGAGGAAUUUGCCCAAAUGUACACAGUAGUCAAUGGUGAAUCCAGGAUCCUGACCAAAUUCCUUUGACCCCUAGGCUAGUGCUCUUUGGUGAUACAUGGGAAGCAUUAAACAUGAAAUGGCAGGAUAAAAAUCCUCACUUGAUUUUUUUCAUCUUCCUAUCAGGAUUUAAAAGAACAUUGAGGACUAGCAAUAAAACCAAGAAUUUAAAGAACUUGAAGUCCAGGCACUGAUUUGUAAAGUAUACUCGUUCUGCAAAGGCUAGCCCCACUUUCUCCUGUACUUAGUACACUGGCCCAGAUUAGGAAGGUCCCUUUCCUCUCCCUGCUCUGACCCACCCCCCCUUCCCUUUUCCACACCACAAACAAAGUGGCAAAUGCCCAAAUCCUUAGGCAUGAAUUCCUUCAAAAAGUCAUCCUGAAAAUGCUGUCUGUCUCUGGAUCGAAGCCACCUUGACAUACACUCCAUUUAGGCAGCCUAUCUCCCCUCAGCUCACCAAGUGCUAAAACCAAAAAGAGGAGCGGCAUCAGCUCUCCUAGAUGUUUUGCAACCUAAUCUUGCUUUACAGUUUACGUUUAAAAUUGCCAUUAUCAUAAGACAGACAGACAGGCAAUGACUUUUAAGUUUAAAAAAAUGCAAUAAACUAGUAAGAACAAAUUGCUGCAUGAGUCUGAUUAGGAUUUCCAAGGUGUUCUUCACUCUUGGCUGUGACCCUUUCUGGUAUGCUGUCUGUUCACACCAGCAAAGACUGAAUAUCAUAUUUUUGAAGAUAUCCUAUAAUCACUAUUUACUGGCUGAGAGUGCAAGAAUCGUUUAUUGGCUAGUAUGAGUAAAACAUCAAAGUCCUUUCUUAGAAAGCAAUGCUGUUUCCCGCCUGUUUGGUGUGCAUGAAAUCAGUGAACCUAAUAAAGCACGGAGGGCUCAUUAGGAAGAGCAACAAAGUUUCCAGUGUCCUUUAUGACCGUGCAGCCACCACAGUAGAGAUCAAAGCCUCUGUCAGUGGUGUCUGUACAUCUGUUUUCUUUUUAUCCAACGUGUUAUUUGGUUAGUUGUUUGACAACAUCAAAGCUUUUGGCCAUUAGGUUCUUUGGUCCACAUGGGACCGAAUUUAUUUUACUAAUCCAUCUGGUCUAAGAUAUAAAUGUUCCUAAUAAGUGCAGGUCACCAAUUUGAGGGAAAUGAACACUUUCAGUAUUUAUCAUUAGUUUUCAGGGGACAAGUUCUCUUUACGAGUCUGGAGGUAGAGAGCCUCUGAGCUCAUGCAUCUUGUGAAGUUAACAGUUUUCAUUAAGGAAAUGUCAUGUAAACUUCUGAAUCCAGGAAAAGGGAUUCUCUCUCUUUCUUGCCUUUUCUCUCUCAUUCUCUCAAUAGCUCUACUAAGAUAGAGUUCACAUACUACAAUUCACCCAUUUAAAGUGUACAAUUCAAUACUUCUUAGUAUAUUCACAGAGUUGUGAAAUUUGGGAACAUUUCAUCACUCCCAAAAGAAACCCUAUGUGACAUUGACACACUGUAUACCUUAAACUCGUGCAAUGUUAUAAGUCAAUUAUUUCUAAAUAAAACUGGGGGAAAAGAUAAAGUGAGAGAGAGAGAGAAAAGGAAGGAAGGAAGAAAGGAAGAACGAAAGAAAAAGAAAGAAGAAAGAGAAAGAAAGGAAGGAAGGAAGGAUGAAAGAAAAAGAAAGAAAAGAAAGAAAGAAAGAAAGGAAGGAAGAAAAGGAAGGAAGGAAGGAAGGAGGAACGAAGGAACGAAGGAACGAAGGAAGGAAGGAAGAAACUGUACCCAUUAGUUGUCACUCUCCUUUUUCCCCCAAACCUCCCCCACCCUCAGUCCUAGGCAACCAUUAAUCUAUUUUCAGUUUCUGUGGAUUUGCCUAUUCUGAGUAUUUCAUAUAAAUGAAAUUAUCCAAUCUAUGGUCCUUGAUGACUGGCUUCUUUCACUUAGUAUAAUGUUUUCAAGGUUCCUAAUGUUGUAGCAUGUGUCAGUACUUUAUUUCUUUUUAUUGCCAAACAAUACUCCAUUGUAUGUAUAUAUUAGAUUUAUUGAUUUAUCAGUUGGUGGACAUCUGGGUGGUUUCUGCUUUUUAGCUAUUAUGAUUAAUGUUGCUGUGAACAUUCAUGUACAAGUUGUGUGUACAUAACUUUUCAUUUCUCUUGCGUCUAUACCUAGGGGUGGAGUUCCUGUGUCAUAUGGUAGCUCUAUUUAGUCUUUUGAGGAGCUGCAAGGCUGUUUUCCAAAGCAACACCACCAUUUUACAUUCUCGCCAGCAAUGUUAUGAGGGUUCCAUUUCCUUUACAUCCUCACCAAUACUUGUUACUGUCUUCUUUUUUUUAUUAUUAUUAUAGCCAUCCUGUGGUACGAAGUAGUAUCUUUUUGCAGUUUUGAUUUGUAUUUCCCAUUCUCUAUGCAUGGCUAAUGCUGUUGAGCAACUUGUAGUGCUUAUUGGCUAUUUAUAUGUCUUCCCUGAAGAAAUGUCCAUUCAGAUCAUUUGCUCAUUUUUUAAUUGGGUUAUUUGUCUAUUUAUUAUUGAGUUAUAAGUCCUUCAUGUAUUCUAGGUACAAAUCCUUUAUCAAAUACAUGAUUUUCAAAAUCUCUCUUUUUAAUUUUACUUAAAUGCUCUCUGGGAAUUGUGCAUUUCCUGUUUAUUUGAGUAGGAGACUCCUUAAAAAGGAAUCAUGAGUCACAACAGAGGAAAUAAAGUCUAUUUCAGAAUCCUCUUCUUGCCAAAUAUACAAAAUCAAAGUGAAAAAAAAACUAAUAAUAUUAGAACAAGAACUUAGUAAGUAAAGUUACCAUGGCCAUUUUAGUUUUGUUGCAACAGUAAUUAUUCAUGUUUGUAUACACAGUUAGAGUUUACAAAGUAUCAUGAUAUACAUAAUUGUUGUAAUCAACUCUGUGAAAUAUUACAGUUAUCCUGUUUACUAAUAAAAAAAACAUAGGGGAAGGGAAAAGGGGUGGAGACAUUUAGUCAAGUAUUUUGUCACACUUAAGACUAAAUCCAACCUAAACACCAGCUACAUAAAUGUGAAAAUAUUCAGGCCAAAGUUCAUUAAACACAAUACAAAAGCCAUCAAACCAGUUGUACAAAUGAUUUUUUUGACUAUGCACAUUUGUAUGUGCUAUCUGAAUAUGAGAUGAGAAGUAAAACAACUGUCUCUGUUGCGAUAAAUUAGCCAUAGUUAUAAUCACAUGAUAUGAAACAUCCAAAAAACUUGAACUUUUAUCCUGUCUUGCAACACAUAGGUCUUUUCCCCUGACCGUGCACACUGCUGUUGGGAACACAGUACAACCAUAGAGGAUAUAUCUUGAGUUUUUAUCCAGCAGUGAUGCAUAUACUCCUGAGAAUAGUACACACUACUCCACAGUUAACUUGCUGUGUGACCUUAGGCAAUCCACAAGCUUCUCCCAGUUUUAUCUUCUUCAUCUAGGAAAUCCACUAAGAUUCCUAUUCCUGGCCUGUGUGGCCUGUAGGUUUCUGCUGCAUGAUCUCUCAGAUGAUAGGGGUUGGGACCUAAAUACAAGGGGGGAAGAGCAUAAGAAAAGAUAUGAUCUUCUGGUAUCCGAGUAGGAGGUAGCAAUAAUGACAUGGUAUUGCAGGUCUUAUUGCUGGUCAUCACGUGUGGCUGUAUGUAAAAGUAGGAGGAGUUGUUUUUGUUAAUAUUAUCGCUAAAGCAAGCAGGUGAUACGGAUUAGGCUCAGUAGGCAGUCCCGUUCCCCGUCCCCCAUAGACUACACAGAGUACUUAUGAACUAUUUUUCAUUUGAGCCCAAUUUUCUGCCACAGUUGUAAUGGAGAUUACCAUUUCACAGCAUUAGUCCAUGGAGUUCCAGUUUAGUCUAUACCCAAGACUGAUUCAAACCACUUGAAGGAGGUUCAGAAGCAAUCAAGUCUAUACCUAGAACAAUCUACUAAAGUAGACCAGGAUCUUUCCUCAGAUCAAUGCCCAAGCAUUUUCCAGGGUUGCCAAGGUUCCAGAGCCAAGAGGAACUCUAAAGUUAUAUUAACGGCAGAAAAUCAAAUAGUUUCCAUCCACAUAAAGAAAAAUAUCCUCUGAAAUGAGACAGGUCCCAUGGUCUGACAAUAGAGAAUAUUGUAUAUAUAGACCAUCCUGGAAAAUCUAGAACCUACGAUUGCCAUAUUUUUGUGACUUUCAAGAGAUGCCAUUAGCAUCUUCCCCAAAGGACAGACUGGUGGCUUGGGAAGCAAAGUUCACACUUCCAGAAUUUAAGUUCUGAGCCUGACCACGCAAGCAGAUUGUGCGGUCCACUGUGGGAAAGGGUAACUGCUCUCUGAGUCAAGUUUAGUCAGUCUAUUGACAGUUAUGAAUAUUAAAUAAAACAGUAGGGCAGAUCUCUUUGGAUUAUAAAGUGCUAUAUAAAUCUAUGUGCUGCUCACUGUCAUGUAAGAAACACUAAUUUCUGUGUCUACCAGAAUAUGAAAGCAUAUGUGAAAAUACCUUUAAUUUCCCAGAGAAAACUAAAAAUAUAAAUUAAAAUUAAUACUAACCAAGAGUGUCACAUUCAAAUUGAUUAAUAUAUUUUUGGAAAAAUAACAAUUUUCCAAUGGUGGAAAAAAAAAGGAAGUCUCCAUUUUUUGGGGGGGGUGUUUUUUGCCAAAAAUGGACCCUUAGACAUGGAAAUCUCACCUUCUAUGUGCUGUACACUUAAUUUAGAGUUUUUAGCUCCCUUUCAACCAGUGGUGAGAUCAGAAAUACCUGUGCAGGGGGAAAGGAGCGAAUGAAAUGUUUGCCCUCUGCUUGUAGGUGACAGCCAGAUUGUUCACAUUCCUUCCUGAACUCUGCUAGACAAAUCUGACUUACCAUGUCUGGGAAAUCUUCAAAUGUAAAUGUGAUGAUGACAUUGGUUGGAGUGCCUGAGGAAGGAAGCCUUUGAAAGCGUCUUAGGGCUACUUCAGCAAUCCAGGGGAAACUUGCUCUUAGUUAAGAGCCACUUUGCAAAAGAAGUAUGAUUUUCUUAAAGGCAGAACUCCCAACUUUACAUAAGAAUAUCAGCUUUCUAUUUAAAGUCACAGAGAGGUAUAAAAGAAACAGACACUUCAGCCCCAUGCAACCUAUGCAACAGACUUUUAAUUCCUUGAGAUUAAGUGGCUGGGCUCUCCAAGAAUUCUUCAGAUUGGCCUUUCAUAGGAAAACUCAUUGAAAACCUAUCAAAGAAAAGAAUGACAGAGGCCCUAAUCCAAGAGCCCAUCUUCUGUAAUCACCUACAAAAUUCCUUUUGGUUUUGUCCUUGGAGGUUAACUUACUUAAUGUAUAAUACUAUGAUGGGCUAAGUAACUUGGCCAUUCACCCUGGGAGGAGUAGCUAUCAUAGAAGUAGCAGGAGGAGAGAAAACAUAUAAGCACUCACUCCUAUGGAUACCGCCCUGUCUCACCUUUACUGUACACCCUGUCCUGUGCUAUUAUUGGGGGAGGUGAGGAAAUACUGUUUAGGAGGAAGCAGCUCCUUGAGUAAGGAUGUGGGCAGUGCAGGAAAAACAAAUCAGAACCUUCCCAGAAUAGAAUUCACCUUUGACUACCACUUCAGGCUCCUCGCCCCAUGUCCAAGUUUUGCCAGACAGGGCUACACAUGUCAAAACCUGUCUGAGCCUGCCCUUCCCCAUAAACAAUCAUGGAUAUUUUUCUGAAAUUAAUGUCACUGGCAUUUGUAGCUCUCAAAUACUACUUAGUUGUCCUUCAUAAACAGAUGAGUCUGCACCAUUUGUUCUCACUUUGCAAAGAAUUUUACAUACCCCCAACAACAGCAGAGAAACAAAAAAUUAAUGAGAUUUAGGGGCCAGCUAUUUCAUAGAUAAGCUGUUUGACCAACAGGACUGAAAUCUGCUUGUGGACAAUGAGAUCCUCUAGAAAAUAGACUGGUUUCAUGUACAUGUCUCAAAAAACCAAGAUACUCAUUGUUUUUAUAGAAGGUUCACUAUUUUUAUAAAAGCUGCAUGGUUGCUUUAUAGAGCAAACAAAUUUAAUUUCCCCAAAGAAUUUCAGCCUCCUCGGAAGAGUAAAUGAGUAUUUCUUGCAUUCACCUGGCUCUAAGUAACUUCUUGUUUUGUUUUGUUCUGUUUUGUUUGGCUUAAACAACAAACAUUUAUUUCUCCUGGUGCUGGAAGCUCAAAAGUCCAAGAUCAAAGUGCUGGAAGCUUCAGUGUCUGAUGUGAGCCUACUUCUCUUUUCUUUUUUCUUUCUGCCACCAGAAUCACCCUUAAUGGUCCAUCACGAUUACUUUUUGUGCUUAGGCUUUUUCUAGCAUGCACCUCAAAUCUUUCCAGCCUCUACUAUACCCCAGCUCUAGUCACUUCAUUUUUCUGCUCACAGACCUUCCUCCACUGUUUUUAAAAUAAAGUUCAAAUGCUUCUGCUUGGCACUGAAUGUCUCCAUAAUCUUGACCACUGCUUUACCAGCUUCCUCACAUUUCUUAUAUUCUACAUUCCAUUCACCCUGUCAUGCACAUUCGAGUAUGCAGCAUAUUUUCCUAUAAUUUUUCCAUGGUUAGCUCUUAAAGACCUCUCCUUAGAAAUGCCCUAUUUGCCAGUGCAAGCCAUAUAGACAUCUCUGUCUUCCAGAAGGUGGUGAAGGACAAAUGUGAUAUAUGACAUACGCCCAGUAAAAAACCUCGGGCUCUAAUGACCACCACACUUUAAAAUUGUGAGGUAUUAGAUGGAAAGACUUUAUGUGAAAUACUAAAUAACUUCUAAUCAAAAGAUCCCAAAUGUUUUUAUUAAAAAAAAAAAAAAGUUGUUUGUGUGCCAGUUAUUUUAUACACCCUCAGAACGCAGAGUCACUCCAAAAAUUACAUAAUCUGAUCGUGGCAAUUCAGGGUAAAAUAAAUGCAAAAAAGAAACAGCUUCUUACACAUACUUUCAGUACAUUUUGCUUUUUAUUAGAGUUGGUUUCAGACAUUCUUCACAUUUUUAGGAAAUCUUUUGAUUUGUUUCUGUUUUACUGUGUAAUUUAAAACUCUCCACCUUUUACUGAAAUGUACUAACCACUGAAAAAUUAAAAGCAAUAUAAAAAUACGAACAGUUGAAGCCAGUUUUAAGACUUUAAGGCUAAAAUAAAUUUUUCAAAUUAUAAUACUCUACUUUCAUAUAUAUGUAUUCCUAGCAGACCAAUAAAAUGGAGUGCUCGUUGUUUAUUGGAAAUGGACAUUCCAAUGGUGUUAGCCAACUAAGUAAUUCUUUUUUAAAGUUUCCUGUGCAAAAAUGUGUACAAAGAAAUGUUUCUAUACCAAUUAAUGUUGAUAGUUUGGUUUGGAACAUUACAUUAAACUAAAGUUAGUUUUAUAUGUUCUCUUUUUACCAUAUUUAAUGAAUAUCAUUGUAGUCAAUUUUUUUUUCUAGAAUUUUUAAUCUUUGUUACAUUAUAGAAAAAUAGCAAGGGAAUAAUCAAAAAUAGGCAUAACAGAAACAAGGUUUCACAAAGGUAAAUAGAUUAUUGUGUUUAAGCAUUUACCGUUCUUUAAAAAAAAGCAUAGCUGGCUUAUGUGCAGAGAUGCUGCGUAAAAUAUCAGGCACCAACUGAACGACUUAGCAGGACAGGGACAGUUCCAGUCUGAUGGGUCAGAAGAAUGAAUUUUAGUGAGUUUCUACUCUGUGCAUUGCUCUGUAAUAUGUGGUAGGCUUUCACAUUAUCUUUUAACAAACCUAUUAGUGUUACUCUCCCCAUUCUGCAAAAGAAGAAGUUGAGGAUCAAAUAUUUAAGAAGAUUGCACAAGGUCACACCACCAGUAACUGAUAGAAAUAGGAUUUCACCCAGGUCUGUUUGAUUCUAAAUCCUGAGCCCCCCUCCUAAUACAGAAAGAAAGUGCAGUAACUAGAAAGCAGAAUGGCAUAGAAUAGCAGUAUCACAGGAAAAUAAGCAGCAGAAUCUGGAGGGAAACUAUAGUGAGAAGCAAGAGUUCUGGAAUCACCAGGUGGUACUCAGAUUUCAGAAACAGUUUUGUGAUUUUAGCAGGUAAAAUUUGGGCACUUCGGAUGACGGAGCAAUCUAAAUGGCAAGGUCUGAGGGGAAAAAGCGAAAGAAAAAAUGUUAGUAUCGUAUUCCUUUUCAAAGAUGUGUCUAACUUACAUAAAAUAUCAGUAUACUCAACAACAUGCCGACGUGGAAUGUUAUUUUCCUUUCUCAAAACGUUUAACCUAAGAGCUCAAAAUCUAAUAGAGGAUCAUUUACACCAACCACCUUUUUAGGUUUAACUUUCCUUAGUAAACUAUAAGGAUUUAAGACGUGGCCCUUCCUUUAGCCUUUUUCUUACUUUUGAUAGCAAGAAUGGGUGAUUAAGAGAUUAAAUAAAAAUAUUUUUGAGGGUGGCCUUAAGUGUUUUUUUUUUAAUUAUAAUGCAGUUCUCUCUGAUAUAUUCUGUUAUACAGCACUAUGAAUGCCAGAGGUUGCCAGGAGAUACUAAUUGAUAAAAAUAAUAAAAAGGCCUUCUUAGAUAUCGGAUUCUUGGAUGUCUCUUAGAAGAACAGCUUGAGUUUAACUUCUAUUUGGCAGUGCUUUCCUUGACAUUAAGAAACGGAGCACCUUUGGAAGCAGUUUUUCCCAGGGAGUAGAAUGGGUCCGGAGUGAGCUUUCUGGUCGACAGCCGGUUUCUAAGCCCUCUUCCCAAUCUAGAUGUCUCUGUUUGGGUGUGUUGCCAGUGGCAGUCAGCUGGGUCAGUGGCGUCUAACAUCCCCCUUGGAGCUGCCGAGGUGGACAGUCUCUGUUUAGUUUGUAGGGAAAACUUGUGAAAGGUGAUGACCUUAGUUUAGGGAUGAGAAAACAAAUGAGUUUAAAGUGGCAAAGGAGUGAAGCUUCAAAAGAUCGUCCCUUCACCUUCUGCAUGGGAGUAACCUCCAGGCCUCCUGUGGCCCAAGUCUAUGCCGUUCAGUUUAAAAUGCUCAUCACCUAACACCUUCUGUGUAGCUGCCUUUCAUCACUCAGCCAGCAGCUGGUCUUAGUUCUCCGCUGUGCCUGCGUGGCUCUCACACGGAGCUUCCCCGGCAGGGCCCGCAGUCAUACCUCCCAAGGCUAUCGAUCUCCACGGGAACGGCUAACAAUCCGCAUUUCGAACUCUGUAUAUUUCAGGUUGUACUUUAAUUAAUGCAAUAAUAAACUGACAACAAAUUGCCUGUAUUUAGUUCCUAAAACAAUAAUGUAUGGAUUCACUCUGGAUAUAGAAAAAAUAAAUAUGCUGUGUGUGCCCCCACCUCUCUCCUCCACGGUGACACCGUGUUGUAAAACAAAUGUUGUAAAAAGUGAUGAACUGUGAGUGAUCCCAAGGAAUAUUUGCCUCUUUUCUUCAGAGCAGUAAGAACAUAAUAUCUGAUUACAAGAUCCAAAGAAUAUGUCAUCCUGUUUUCUGUGUUUACUUACUGAUAGUUAUAUUUAACAAUUAGGGAACAUCUGGUCUCUUAAGAAAAUAUACUUUGUGCUUUAAAGCAAUUCCUGCUUGGAUCAAAAUUAUAGAAUGUAAUAGAUAACAGAAUGUAAGGACACUUUCCUUUAAAUGUAAAGAGCAUUUCCAAAUGAACCCCACUGUCCCACAAGCCAUUCUGCUCAGCUUCUGUCUAUCUGAGUCCUUCUUUAUCUUAUCCUUCUUUGCCGGAAAUUCAAAUUUUACGUCUUCUUUGUGCUCAGAAGCUUACCUUGUUCAAAAAGGCCCUUAUUGAUACCAUCACCCCUGAAACCAUUAUCAGUCAUUCAGUUGGGUGUAUUGUGGUAAAAUACACAAAACAUAAAAUUCACCAUUUUAAUCAUUUUAAAAUGUAUAAUCCAGGAGCAUUUAGUACAUUCACAGUGUUGUCCAACAUCAUCAUUAUGUAGUUCCAAAACAUUCUGAUGACCCCAAAAGGAAACCAGCAUUCCCAUUAAGCAGUCACUCCCCAUUUAUGUAGCUCCCUAGCACCUAGAAACCACUAAUCAUUUUGUCUCUAUGGAUUUGCCUAUUCUGGAUAUUUCAUAUAAGUGGAAUUACAUAACAUGUGUGGCCUUCUGUGUCUGGUUUCUUUCAUUUAGCAUAACGGGUCCAAGGUUCAUCCAUGUUGUAGCAUGUAUCAGUACUUCAUUCCCUUUUUAUGACUGAAUAAUGUUUCAUUGUGUGAUUAUACUACAUUUUAUUCAUCCAUCUGUCAGCAGACAUUUGGAUCAUUUAUAAUUUUCAGCUCUCACGAAAUGUAUUUAGCUAUUUAGCUAUUUUUCGGCGGCUAUCAACAUCCUUACACAAGUUUCUGUUUAAAUACCCAUUUUCAGUGCUUUUGGAUAUAUACCUAGGAGUAGCAUUGCUAGGUCAUAUGAUUGUAUUUUUAACUUAAUAAGGAACUGCCAAACUGUUUUUCACAGAGGCUGCACCAUUUUACAUUUCUACCAUCAAUGUAUGGGGUUCCAAUUUCUCUACAUCUUCGCCAACAUUUGUUAUUUUCCUUUUUUUUUUUUUUAAUUACAGCCAUCCUAGUGGGUGUGAAGUGGUAUCUCACUGUGGUUUUGAUUUGCAUUUUCCUGAUGGCUAAUGACCUGGAGCAUCUUUCAUGUGCUUGUUGCCAUGUGCUGACCUUCUUUGGAGAAAAUGGCUAUUGAUUUGCAAAUAUUUUCUCCCACUUUAUGGGUUGUCUUUUUGCUCUCUUAAUAGGGCACAAAAGUCUUAAGUUUAAGUCCAGUUUGCCUAGAGCUUUUUUUGUUGUUGUUGCUUGUACUUUUGGUCUUAUACCUAAGCAUCCAUUGCCAAAUCCAAGAUCAUAGACAUUUAUAACUGUUUUCUUUUUAAGAGUCUUAUAGUUUUAACUCUCAAGUGUAGAUCUUUGAUAAAUUUGAGUUAAUUUUUGUAUAUUGCAUGAGGUAAGGGUCCAACAUCAUUCUUUUGCAUGUGGAUAUCUAGUUGUCCCAGCAUCAUUUGUUGAAGAAACUAUUCUUUCCCUGAACCAUUCAGUUUUGAAAGCCAAAAGUGUUUUACUUAAUAAUUGUAUAUUGCUUUUUUUCAGUUACCCAUACAUGUCUGUCCUCUCUCUAUAAGAAACCCAUUCAAGGGAGGAGAUAGAUUUCUUUAAUGUUUCCUAUGUUUUAUAUAAGGGCUAAAAUGGUUUCCAAAGUAGGAAAAAAAGUCAGAGACAACUCAAGAUUUUGACCCAGGAAAAUCAGGGUAAUUUAUUUAAAAGAUAAUUUAUAAUCUUUUUAAAAUAUAAAAGUAGUAGGACAGUCUCUGCCCUCAAGAUGUUCAUAGACUAGUGGGGGAAAUUAGCACAUUGGAUAGCCACCAGACACAUGUGGUUAUUGAGCACUCGAAAUGUGCCUAAUUCUGAUUGAGAUUUGCUAAAAGAACAAAAUACACCCUGGAUUUCAAAGGCUUAAUACAAAAAGAAGAAUGUCAAACACCUCAUUAGUCAUUUUUAUAUUAAUUACAUUUUCAAAUGAUAAAUUUUUGGUAUGUUGGAUUGAAUAAAAUAUCAUAAAUCUAAUUUCACUGUUCCUUCUUACUCUGUUAAUGUGGCAUAUAUUAUAUUUCCACUGGAAAAUACUGACAUAGAUAAACAGAAAAUCAAGCAAGUGUCUCACAGAGACACUAGUAAGUGAUAGAGGUGAUAUUUAUAGCUAUUUCUUAAAAUUCUAUAACCUAGGUUUUUAAUGACUACACUAUAUAACUCAAAGUCAACCAGAAAUAUGAAGAUAUGAUUGGUGGCCCCAGUUUGAAACUGGAAGGUAAGAGAAGGGUCUGUAACACAUAUUGAAUGCAGAACAUCUUCAAGGAAUACGAAGAAAAUACAAACAUCCUGCCCACACUUCAGAUCUCAUGCGGAGACAUACCUGACCUGCAUUCUUCAACUAGAGAACAACUACAGGCUAAACCAGUUCUCAGCCAGGGAUGGUUUGGGCCCCCAGGGGCAUUUGGCAAUGCCUGAAAACAUUUUUGGCUGUUACAACUGGAAGGCACUACUAGCAUCUAAUGGGUAGAGGCCAGAGAUGCUGAUAAAUUUCCUGCAACAUACAAGGAUGGCUCCUGCACAGCAAAGAAUUCUUUGUUUCAAUGGGCCAGUAAUUCUGAGGUUCAGAAACCCUGUAUUGCACUUUACUAGGGUAAAUAUUUCAGAGAAAGAA